AUGUACAGUGAAAAAGCCAGGCUGAACAGUCUAUGGAAGACAGGCCCCCAGAGAAUGGAGUUUUUUUACUACAUGUACGGCAGUACUAUCGAGACUCUGUCGGUGUAUGUGAAAAUUAACGGCAGCGAAUACAGGGUAUGGAGUCGCUAUGGAAGCCAGUUAUCAAACAACUGGAUCAAAGGUUGUGUGACUAUAAACUACCGAGGAACUUAUCAGGUAAAAACUUUUUUUCUUUCUCAGUUGUUUUUUUGUUGGUUUGUUCGUGUGUUUGUUUGUUUGUUUUUGUGUGUAGAUGCUUUUUUUGUUGUUCUAGUGGGCUCCUUAAGAUAAGUUCUCUGUGUUACCUUAGUUGGCUUGCAAAUGCAUUUUUGAACCUUAGAAAGUGUCUCGCCAAAUAUAGUGAUUCAAGAUCGAAUGUAAUAUACUUGUUUUCUUUUUUCCUCGAAAGAAAACUAAUUGUCAUUUUCUUGUCUUUCAAACUUGUUGAUUGGCUUUAGACCUCCUCUUUCCAUAGUAAUCUUCGAAAUUUUAUGAAAGUAUCGGGUGGUAUGGCAAAACCAGGCAUCCGAUAAGUAAUCGAUGUCAAUAUUACAAGGCAUGUGUGGAAACGGAAAAUUUCCCCCAGAGAAACAUCGCUUUUAUUUCUAUUAUAGUACAGAAGACGAAUUCCAUUUUGAUUAUUUGUAUAUUUUCAUUUAUCUCAGAUUAUAAUUGAAGGAGUAGCAGGUAUUUCGAAUGCCUCAAACAUUGCUGUUGAUGACGUCAGCUUCAGUAAAAACCUGAGUUGCGUUUCUAAUGGCAAAACCACACCUGAGGAAAUAUUUGAAGGUAAAGGCCCAAGCUAUCGCAUGAGUUAUGUCUGACAUUUACCUAACCUGACUGUCGGAAACAGUUACAUGUACUAUAGGUUUUAUUUUGCCUCCUUUGUACAAAGAAUGUGGUAAUUCAUCACAAUCUGCAGUAACUAAGUGGUUCAACUAGCUGGGAGGUAAUACACAUACAUUAAGGAAAGUUUAACCGCUGAUGUAAUUCUGUAAUUGGCUUAUGUGGGCAAAAAUUAACAGCAUAAAAGUUUAUCGUAUAGAAGAAUAAAUAAGUGGAAAGACAAGUCUUAAGUUCAUUCAGAACUAUCUAAAUUAUGCUUCGAUUUGGUUACUCUAGUAAACUGCACUUUCAAUGGAAACUUUUGUGGGUGGCGUAGCUUGUCGCUGUCACCGGAUCAGGUCAGCUGGAAGAAAGCGGGCAACAAAACUGGACAGAAAGGAGAUUUUGCUGGUGAGAAGAGCCUCUCGAAAGGAGCAAUUAUCUUAUUGAAUUCAAAGAGAUUUUGGAGUUGAAUGGAGUUCACGAGUUAACCAAUUCCCUCCCAUUCAAUUAGUGCCAAAGAUCAAUUUUUAAAAGUGCAGUUGAACAUCUUUUUUAAAUUGAACUCUGUGAUAACACUUUCGUAACAUUAUUUUACAAUUUCACACAAAGGAAACUUCAUUUACACUUCUCAACCUAUAAAAGAAAAUCGGUCCAUCCAUCUAUUGAGUCCUCUUAUGCUGGGACCAAAGUGUUUUCGCUUCUCAUAUCACAUGUCCGGGCAGAAAGUUGGAAAACUUGAUAUCCUGCUUCAAGUCCGGAGGCAGCAAGAGGAUUACUUGAUAUGGCAGAAAACUGGAGAUCAGGGAAAUAGGUGGAUACAAGGUAGCAUUGGUAUUGGCUACACCGGCGAAUUUCAGGUAGAAAAUAAAAAUGUGAGAGGAAAUUGUCAGAAAAACAGAUUUAGUCCUACUCAGUUACAGAUGUCUUCUUUUCCUGCAUCAUUAAGUUGUUAUGUUACACUAGGAGCAAUCUAUUUUUACUCCUUUUGCCAGCCCAUUGCAGGUAAACAAAACUACCGUGUAUAUAACAGGAUUCACUCAAAAUUUGAUUAGAACCGAUUUGCGAUUUGGCUUACAAGAAACAUCCUUAGAAUGGUUCGUAAAAGGAUUUAAUAAAUCGGCUAGACCUCUAACCAUGCACAAAAAUUAUCAUCCAUGGUAAAUUUGGUGCUAAUCUAAACUGAACCCUCCCCACUAUUUGUUUCGACUGGAAUAAUUUCUGUUGUUACAGAUUGCGCUGAAAGCAACUCCUGGCAAAAAUUACACAAGCCCUAUAGCUUUGGAUAGCUUCAUAUUAACUGAUGGACUGUGUGACGACGAAAGUGAACUUGACAGCAUUCAACAAGGUUUUUCACUCGUAUCUUUCACAUACGAUUAUUACUGCUUGCACAUCUGAACCAACAUAAUUGUAGCUUCUGAUAUUUAUACGAUGUCGGUUCCAAAUGCAGAUCACCGUUUUUAGGUCUUCUUCGUAAUUGUAACUUAGUCGUUACUUUUCUAGAUAUAUUUCAGCGCAUUUUUCUCGUCAAGCCGCUUUCCAUUAGCAAUUUUUUCCUUCCAGACAAUGCUCACAACAAUUUUUAUACUGCAGGAAACUGUAACUUCGACCAGAAUUUUUGCUUUUGGAAGAAUGAUUUAAAUUUCAUUUUCAAGUGGACUCCUCAAGGAGACAGAGCACCCAAGUAUCAGACCGGACCCAGCGGUGAUCAUACUUCAGGUACGGUCGAUUUAAUACCAUUCCUAUUGGUCAGUUGAAGAAUUAACUAAUCUUUAAUUGUCGAUUAGUCAUACUUUGUUUGCGAAACCAGCAUGGAAUGUAUUUAGUUUUUCACUUUUUUUUUUUUUACCAAAAACUUAGAUCGUGAUGCACUUUUCGUAGGGAAUACAUGAUGGGUAGAACGAGUCGUAAUGUUCAUCAAAUUGACUCCUCUCUUUUAUCGUAAGUUCGCUUUUUUUCUUCUUUAUGGAAAACUCAUUGAGAGUGCAGUUUUCAAUCGUAACCCUUUUUUUAAAAAGAUGGUUUUGGUUGAUAAAAGAGGAAUUAAGUGAGGAAAAAUCAGAUGAAAAUAGGGAAAGCUAUUUAAAAAUUCUCCAGUCUCACCAUUUGCCUUCCUCGGUUUGAUUUUGGUGUUUGGACUCAUUUGGAUAAUGAUUUCAUCAUAAUAGUUGCUGCUUGAUACAGGCUCGACUGUUUACUUUCCUUUUAUCAAGGCACUGGCUCGUACAUUUAUAUUGAUGCUUCAAGUCCUCGCCAGCCUGGAGACACCGCGAGGUUGACAAGUCCAUGGAUGCGGGGUCCACAAUGUAUGACCUUCUUCUACCAUAUGUUUGGUUCACACAUGGGUUGUGUGGUUAUGUAUAUUAGAAUCCAGGCUGGAGAGAAGUUACAUCCAAUAUGGUUGCGGUCGAAAGAUCAAGGAGACCGUUGGAGACAAGGGCAAUUAAGUAUCUACAGCAACUUUACGUAUCAGGUAACAUGAAUGUCUCGACACUUGAUUCUAGCUCCCCGCUCUGUUGUCCUUUCCUAUAUCGCAUUAGGCCAACCAUAGCAAAAUGGCAGGUUCUUGAACCUGAUUCCGCAUAUUAUUAGAAUAAAUCGUAUUCAGGUUUGAAUAGGGAAUAAAAGAGGCAAAGCAUUCUCGAAAAAAGGCAGCUUAUGUGUCAUCUGGCAGUAAAAAUGGCAGUGCCCCUUUUUUACAACGUAUCGUAUCAUUAGCCUCUAUUUUGUCCCUUGCUCUAAAAGAUAAUCAUUGAUGGCAUCAGAGGAGGUGGUGAUUCAGGGGAUGCAGCCCUGGACGACUUCACCUUUCAAAGAGGACCUUGCCGGGAAACAGGUACAGAAACUAUUUUGAUUUCCUUUACGCUGGUGUUAAACGGCUCCCUCUUUUAUGUCUGAAUUCUUUUUCCUGAAAAUAGACAUUUAUUUGUGUCAUUAUCAAACUUCAGCAUGUUCUAUAUACUGUUAUAACUGGAAAUUUUUAACAAAAAGAUGAAUCAAAUGAUGUUUCUAACAUCCCUUAUCGGAUUGAGACCUCCUAUUACUUUCUAUAGAGAGAGUAUAUUUGAUAGCAAACCUUUAUCACAUUAUGAUUUCCAUCUGAGUGUUAACCUAUUUCAAAAAUGGUGACCCUUAUUGUUAUUCUUGAUACGAAAUUUUAGAUGAUAUUUGAAUAUUCAAAUUAAAGAGGCUCAAAAUGAUUACUCUGCCAAUGUUGCAUGAGUAUGAAUGGUUGAACUAAAAACCUCUGCGCUGAUAGUGAUGCUACCUAACAAUCUGUUUUUCUUUUAUCUUUCAUUUAAGAUGAAACCACGUAUUACGUUUCGUCGUAUAUGGGUAAAGAUUAUAAAAUAUCCUCUCGACCUUCUGAACACAGUCUCUACUCCGAAGAAUUCCGUUUUACUCUCAAACAUCCACGAGGACUUCCAACAGAAACCUCUUAUUUUAUCUACUCUGAAGCAUCCAGGAGACGCAGUUUCGUUAGGGAAAAACUAGAUCUGUCUGACUAUAAUAACUAUCCGUUGGAUGUGGUUGUCCUUAAUGACAACGGACCGUCUCGAAAUUGCAGGAAGAUCUAUUUUAUCAAAAGGGAUAACAGUGGACCCAUGAUAAGUCUGGACGACUACAGUGCCUUGGAUUGUUGCAAAGGAAAAAUUAAAUUCUCUCUUUGUGCUCUCAAUGUAACUGAGCCAGGUAGGAAAAUUAACCGCGCGUUGUUCAUUUUGAACGAUUUUUAAAGAGAAACAUUUUUUAAAUCUUUGGCCAUUGCGCAAUAACUGUCCAGUGAUUUCGCACCACGUGAGGUACAAUGGCCAAUUAAAUCGCCCGAAUUUAGUUGUGGGUGAUAAUGGUUGAUAUCUCAAAUAAAAACUUUCAAACCCAGUUCUGUGUUUAAAAAAAUAAUAUGUCUUUUGAUUAAGAAAGAAAAUUACUGCUGGGACUCGCUCGCCUCACAACGUUGUAAUCAAUUGGAAAAUUGUUUCGACCCGUUGAUGCUACCUUCCUUUUAACAAAAAGCACAGAUCCAAGGAAAUUAUAGUUGGUAAGGUAGAUACAUUUACCUUACAUCGGUUAUUGUUUAAGUAAGCUUAAAAUAAGGUUUUGUUAAUUUGCAGAUAAUCGUUUGACUUCUGGAUGUCAGCCCGGUUGGUACGGAGUAGGAAAAUCUUGUUUCAUGUUUUAUUUUGAAUCACCACGGGAGUGGCGCUUGGCGCGAACUUUGUGCCACAAACAAAAUAGCGAAAUGGCCAUUGCCAAAAGCGUUGAUAUACUGGAAGCCCUAGCCAAUCUGAGAAAACAUCUAAAUUCUGAAGACCUGGAUCUCUUUCUUGGGCUAAAGAGCAAGGUACGCUGGACUUGGGUAGACGGCGAAAAGGUGUCAAACGUACACAAAGCUUUGUGGAAGCCUACCGAACCAAGUGGUGAUGGCAAGUGUGGAUCUCUCCAAAGUUUUGUUAGUUGGGAUUCAAAUUGGCGUGGGUAUGGAUGGGGCUGGAAUGACGAUCCUUGCACCAGUCUUAGGAGAUACAUUUGUGAAGAGCCACUGGGUACGUUUCUUAACAACUUGCAAUAACAACUUGUAAUCAAUGUAAAUAUUUGAAUGGCAUCUGCAUUAAAGAUAUUUUCGAAGGCAAAACAGCCUUACAGAUUAACCUCUCAACAUAACCACAUUAAGUAGCCUUUUCGCUUUUCUUUUCAGCUUUAAAUUGAAUUAGUUCCGUCUUAAGUGAAGUUGUUAUACUGACUGGUGUACGCUUCGUUCAGACAUAGUCCCACAAAUCCAAUUGAUGAAUUCAAGUGAUUUACUCUGUAGUUGAUCUUGUUUCAGAUGUUUAAUUGCGUUUUAAGGGUGUUAAAAGUUUCAAAAACAUUACGUCGUUUAUCGCAUUAUUCAGAAUCUGUCCGAGUUAUUUAUGUUUUUACUUCUGCUUCUAGAUGUUCCCCUCCCUGUGGCUCUCUUCUUCGUGGGUGGUAUUAACAAAACUGUGGACCUCAGUCCAAGUGGAGCAAGUAUGGCUGUGCUCAGUGACAUCACCUUACAACCAGGUCCGUUUGGAAAUCCAAGUGGCUCCUUGUUUUUAGGAACUAGCAAUAGCCAUGUGGAAUUGGAAAAUCGCGGAGAAAUCGAUACAAGGUUUUCGAUGAGUGUAUUUGCCUGGGUGCAUCUUAGUAAUUCUAGCACUGGUCAAAUAAUAGAUCACGGUUGCUCGAUGACGGUCUUCCAUUCAACCCUCGGAGUCGAAGUGCUUUUUAAGGAACGGGAAAGUUCUAGGAGUUAUCUCAUACAUAAAAAGGGCGUUCUUAAAGAAAACUCUUGGAAUUUCAUCGGUGUUACGUAUGAGUACUACAGCGGUAUGGCAACUAUAUGGGUAAACGAUAACAUCGUCAUGCGAAAAAUUGUUUUAGCUAAAAUGGAGUUAGCGACGCAGGAGAAUGUUAUUGUUGGAGCCUCAAAAAAUAGGAAAAUGCAAUUCCGUGGCAGGAUUUCUUGCUUGCAGUUUUAUAAUCAAGCAUUAUCUGUGGAUCAAAUCAUGAAGGCUAAAAUACGAUGUAAUAAAACUGGUAAGUAGGUUUAAUUUACUUGUCAGUUAUGAUGCCCACAGAGCUGUACAAAAUCCAGUUAAAAUCGAAAAGUGCUGCAGCGUAAUAAGAUACACCCAUAGCAACCUAACAUAAGAUAUGCCAAUGAUACAUCAUGCCUUCAACAUCGGUAGACCUCACCUAUGAAUUUCUUUAGCUGUUAACCUAUUUUAUAUGGCUGAUCCGUAAGAUUUUCAUUUUUUUUAAACGUUUGGAAGUAUCUGCACCUUCAGUGGAAUAUAGAAGUGUCGGAUGCUACGCAGACAAGCCUCAUCGAGCAAUUCCAAUACUUGAAGGAGCAGACCCCAUCUCUGCCGAGAAGUUCGAUGUGCGUACGAGAGCGAUUGAAAAGUGUGCCCUUGCAGCUCGAAAAAGAGGAUUCACCAUGUUUGCUGUUCAAUAUGGUGGGCAGUGCAUGACCGGCGCAACGGCAGAACUUACUUUCAACAGAUAUAAUGAGAGUAACGAUUGCAAAGCCGAUGGAAAAGGAGGAACAUGGGCAAACAAUGUUUACAUCAUUCGAGGUUCGUUAAUGGAUGUAAUGAUACCAUGCUUUACACUUGAAUAGGAGUCAAUGAUGUUGCUAAUAAAUUCCACGAGUUUGUUUCCGUAAUAUACUUUUCAGCGGUUGGAACGUACACUUUUAGUGGCUUGAUAUUUGUGAACCGUAAAACACUUGAGUUUUUAGUUUCCGGAAAAUAAAUGUCCCGAUAUGACUCAAGAAUUUAUUUUUUUAUCAAGUUCAUUUAAAUAGUACAAUUCAGUCUAAUCAAAUUUUUUUUUCUUGUUUUGUUUUGUUUUAGAUUCUCGAAUCGAAACUUUUCAGUCAUUUUCCAUUUGUUCGAAAAUUUUGGGUGUGUCGGAUAUGCAACUUUAUUUUUGGCCUAUCAUCGCUUACUAGUCAGUUGUAGCUCACGUUUGCACGUCUAAAAAUGUCUCUAAUUAACGGUUUUGCUUAAUAAUUAAAUUGCUUACAUUUCAAAUAGAUUAUAUCGAUAUUGGAUGCUACAGAGAUCGCCGCUCGCGUGCAAUUGCAUCACUCGAAGGAAAAGAUCCGCUAUUGACAGGAUGGCACAAAAAUCGCAAGAACUCUAUCGAAAAAUGUGCUAUAGUGGCUCGCAAAAGGGGCUUCCGCAUGUUUUCAGUUCAGUAUGGCGGGGAGUGUUACGGCAGUGUAACAGCCGAGAAGACUUUUGAUAGAUAUGGCAAGAGUGAUAAUUGCAAAGGUGACGGAAAAGGAGGAGCUUGGGCGAAUCGCGUCUACGCCUUUCAAGGUUUGUGACUGAACUUAUUUCCAUUCAAUUCCUUAUUUAAGACAUAAUCAGGUAGUUUGACAUUUUACGUAAAGACUGAUAUCACUUAAUUUUUGGUUCCCUGUUUGACGCUUAAAUCUUUACUGGGAUCUCUACAUGUUAUUAUAAAAGGUUAAAGAAAUUAUUGAAUGAUGAUAUUACAAUAACCUCAUCCUUAGUUUAUUAUCUCUAGGCUACCGUUGAUAUCUAAAUUAACCAAAAAGUCCAAAAAAAAAAUUAAUCGGAUUGUUUUGUUUUUUCUCGUAGUUUCUUCUUCUUGGUGCAGUCCCAGCUUUUUUCCAUUCCAUGGGGGUUGCUUUUCCUUAGAUGCCGACAACAAAGUAAACUGGAAGCAAGCCUUGGAAAGGUGCAAUUUUGAAGGAGGUACUCUGGCAAAGAUUUCAACGGAAGGGUUAAGACGUGCUUUCUCUGUUGUGUUAGAAGGAAUCAGAUCCUACCGUUCGAGUCAUAACAACUAUUUCAUUGGUAUGAGAGGUCAAUAUGAUGACUGGACGUGGUUUGAUGGCACUUCUUUGAAUGACUCGUUGUGGAUGUCAGGACAUCCAACGAGGGACGCUGAUGAUCUAGCCUGUGCUUAUCUUCCGGCUGGUUCAUCCAGAAUAAAGAAUGGUCCUUGCAAAUCACAUAGAUACCCUUUGUGUCAGAAAAGAUCGGGUAAAUUGUAAUAUGCUUAGCACUAAUAUGCAUAUUUAUGCAAGAGAAGGGCGUUCUGCGGUAAAACACUUCUUAAAAAGUAACUUUGUGGCCUAAAGUCUAAAAACUUCUGAGAAACACGAAAGAAACUAAGUGUCAAAAUCAAUAACGGGAAACUAAAGGGAAAAUAGAUUUUUAACACUUUCAUUUGGCAUAUUUACAUUUAUUUUUUGGGCAAUGACAUCAGAGUUUUCAAAGAUUUUAUAAACAUAAAGCUGGACGCUUGCGUUUUAAGAAAUGUUUUGAAUGGAGAACACUUUUUUAUCAUGUCAAGAUAAUGUUCAAGCUUGCUUUACUUUCACUGCACAUUGCUUCAUUUCUGUCUCGCGCAGAUAUCUCAGCUUUAAAAGGCUUUAAACUAGAAACUGAAAGCUUUCGUUGUAACACAUUUUUAUGAAUAGAGAACGCCUUUUUAAACCAUUUCCCUCUUCUAUUUGAAAAGUUACAAUUAAAUUUAGAUAGUUAUUGUUACAUUAAGGCUUAUGAGGGUUCUUGCUGUUAUUUUCAUAAUUUCUUAGAGUACGUUGUACCGCUUUGUUUGGUUUUGGUCUCCUCUUUCGAUGCAUUAUUUUUUCCUUGCUACCUAACAUCCCUCCUUUUCUUCCUUCAAGGUAAUUGAAACGUGUUGGCCACCGUAACGGUGGCAAAUUUCAAAUACUAUUUGUAUUUUGAUACAUUAGGUCUUACUAUUUUCAAAGUUUUUCACUCUACUCAAGCUAAAUGCAAUUCAAACAUCUCCCAAACUAUGGUGCCGAUGUUUUUUUCUUCGUCAUGCAGAAGCUUCUUUGUCAAACCGAAGUCAAACCACUUGUUCCAGUGUUUUGCUACCGUAUGAGUCCUCUUUGGCUGUUGAUAAAUCUUACACCACCUGCUUUCGUUCAGGAAGGGUAAGUAAUUGUCAUAACAAAGGGAAGAAUCCACAGUCAAUCCACUGGAUUUCCUUUCAUAUGAGUAGAAGCCAAAUAUUCAUUGCGUAUGUAAAGAUUGGGUCAACUAAUUGUGACAUUUAUUUCAGUGUUGUUUUGUGUGUGUGUGUGUUUGUUUCUCAUUUGCAUUCUGUUAAGUUCUAGCGCAACCCUUAUUUCAUUUUUUCAUUUAUUUAGGAGUCGAACCCUUGGUGGCAAGUUAACCUUGAUAAACAUUUGUACGUAAUCUCUGUGGUAAUCACUAAUAAAGUUGAUUGCUGCCUACGGGAUAACGGGAUGAUUAACGUAAGAGUAUUAAACAGUCCACACGGCACAGACUCAACCUGCUCCAAAUCGGUGAAAUAUGAUGGAGUAACCCAGCAAUUUAAAUUUUACUGCUCACCACCAGUGCUAGGAAAUUACCUGAAAAUAACGUUGACGGGUAAUAAUGUCUCUCUUGUCCUGUGCCAAGUUGUCGUGGAAACUAUUGGUAAGUUGCCAGUAGUUCUCUUUCAACAUAAAAGUUCCUUCUUAGAGCCUUCCUUUGGAUCACAUAACUAAGGCUGCGUAUUCGAAGCCUUUUAGGAACUAUUUCUAUUCCUACAGUCAUCGACUUGAUGCAUCGGGGUCGAGAAAUUCAUGCUCAUUUUAAUAGAAUAAGUGUAAACGGCUGAGAUUGCAUAAAUUACAACUUUUAUAAACUCUUUUCCCAUCCUUUAAACAAUCUUAUGAGCGAAGGAAGAAAAUCCCAUUUUUUUUUAGUAUUCAUAUUCUUAGGCGGUCAUAUUCCCCCCCCCCCCUCCUUCUCUUUUACCCUAAGUAGAAGUUAACACGUUGCAAUGUGUCUAUCCACGUUAGAUUCGCCUACCGAGGCAAAGGGAGUGCUACGAGAGACAUGGUAUCAAAUGAAACAUUACGAAGCCAGGAGUAAAUCAAUCAUGCGCGAACAUCCACUCAUUCAAGGUCCGCCUGGAAGCCGGAUAGUUUUGCCAGAUUUUGAUGCUCCUAUCAAUUUGGAAGACAGAUACGCGCAAAGAUUGACUGCUUACUUGCUGGUAAACAUGAAAGUGGAGUUCUUCCUGCUCAUUAAAACUUUGCUUCGUCUUCUUUCGGUGAAAAUGAAAAAUUAGUCAUUCUUUGUUAGUCUCACCCAGUCUGCUUUCAUUUUCCAGCUUCUAAGACAAACUUUAAUCGCCUACUUACCAUUUUUAGGUUCCUCAGAGCGGUACCUACGUCUUUUACGCUGCGUGCGACGAUUCAUGCGAGUUGUGGAAGUAUAAUGUCAUGGAAUUCGGAUUUGUAAAAGUUAACACCAAAUCAGACAAGAGUGUAAAAAACCGAAGUCCAAUCAUAUCUGUAAAAAAAUUCACCAGACAUCUUCAAUGGGACAGGUAAGCGGUUCAUUCGAAGGAUAGAAAGCCAAUUCUCUUGAAUUUUUAAGACAGCCAGAGUUAUGUUUAAAUUUUUCGUGACCUGUCGUUUGAAGGUACGAAGAGCAAUCAUCGCAGCCAAUCUUCCUUGAAAAAUGUCGCUUCUAUCGUAUGGAGGUGUAUGGAAUGGAUGUAGACGGCAACGAUCAUAUAUCAGUUGGCAUGCGUAGGCCGAAUGGAGAUUUUGAAAGGCCCAUUCCUGGGAAAAGACUAUUCUGGACGAAACCAGGUAUUUCGGUUUGGUUUUUAUUUUGUUUUAAUUUUUUCGUAUGUGUGUGUGUGUUUUGUAAUGUUGUUUUGUAUCUUUUUUGUUGUUGUUGUUUUCAUUCUUAUUUAUUUAUUUAAAUUUUUUUUUGUUUUUUCACCUUUUUGAAUUUUUCUAUUUUUGCUGAUUUUUUGUUUGGUUGGCUUUUUUCUUAAUCGAAGCGGCUUCGGAACGUCGUCAACUUUUUUGAAAGGUAAAUUAUGUUAAAAAAAGAAAAAAAAAGGAGAAGGAUAAUGCAUAAAACUAGAAAAAAGCUAGAGACUAAAAAAGCUAGUUUGCAAGUGAACAGUUACCAGCGGGGAAAGAAAGUUUAGAUAAGAUAGGACUUGCUAUAAUUCGCGUUCUACUCUUUUCCUCCGGAGAAGCCUGAUUUCAUGAACUUCAUUUCGUAACCCAGAGUACUUACUGAAUUCAAACCGUGGGUUAAUUCUUAAAAAAAAAGUGGAUCAGUGUCAGCAAGGAUUAUUGAAGGAACGGCGUAAAUUUUUGAAUCUUAAACAGCGAUUUAACUAUAAAAAAAUGCGCUAAAACAUUUCUUUAAAACAUAUUAAGAUUGCUAGAAACCAAGACGACGUUUCGAAGUUGCUAAACGUCAUUUAAAGUCAAAAAAAUUUUUUUGAGUUGCAGUCUAUAUAUACGAAAAUGAAAAUGGGUGAUGAAAAGCUAAACCGUAAGAAAAGAUCUUUGGAUGGAAGACUAAUUCUUAUUGUGUUUUUAUCAUCGGUGUUUCUUUCCGCUGUGCCUGCCGAAACAUUUAUAAAAAGAAAAUUAUUGAUAGCGGAAUCAAUAAGGUCCAUACAGUAGUCGAGACGACAGAAAAUAGAGUGCAAUUUGACACAUUCUGCAUUAAAAGCCUCCGUGGUAGACGAAAGGGCAUAGGCUCGGUGAUAUACUGGUGGUACAACGGAAAGAAACACCGAUGAGAGCAACACAGUAAGAAUUAGUCUUCCAUUCCAAGAUCAAGUGGCCGCUAAUGCGGUUCGGAAGCAGUUGCGCGAUCUUAGCCAUAAGAUUCUCCCUACAUUGCAGCCUGUUUUUGUGAGCAAGAAACUGGGACAAGUUCUUAAACCCAAAGAAAUCAAGCCGUCAAUUGUGAAUCGGCGAUGCGUUCUUUAUCUUUUUUUAUGUGAUCUGUGCGAUGCAGAUUAUGUCGGGUACACAGCCCGACACCUUCAUCAGCGCAUUGCAGAGCACAAAUAUUCGGCAAUCGGUCGACAUUUCGUGGAAACUCGCGGUAGCAACCACCUCUUUAUAGAAAACCAAUUUAGAGUAUUAAAAAAGUGCUAGGAAAAUUUUGAUUGUUUAGUCUUUGAAAUGCUUUUCAUCAAGAAUUUUCUUACGGAGUAGCUUUUUAUCACCCAUUGUUAUUUUGAUAUAAUUAUGUAGAAUGCAACUUCCAAAUAUUUUUUUGACUUGAUAACGACGUUUAGCCAACGUCGAAACGUCGUCGUUUUUUUAGCAAUCUAAAUAUGUUUUUUUAAAAAUGCUUUAUUGCAAUUUUUUCUAAUUAAAUGCUUCUCUAAAUCACUUCUUCUUAAACAGGGACACGAAAAUUGGCGGUGACACUCAACGAUCUUGAAACGUCGAUAGCUGCCAUCGUUGGGUCAAAUCUACGCAUUUCAGGUUGGUAUUGAUGUAAGAAGUUUAACAAUGCUUAAAUAACACGUCAAGCUUUCAUAUUUCAUUUGGGAAUAUGGGGAAUUGACGUGAAAUAUAAAUUGAAAGCUUAAAAAAUUUCAAUUUUUAGAUCUUAUUCUUUCUAACCCUAAGGUACCUACAGCUUCUGUUGUCAGGGCAUAUAUUGCCCUGAUUGUCCAUUGCACCUGAACAUCUCAACCCUGAUGCAAAAUGUAACAAUAGACUCAGCGGUAAAUAUGUCUUGUUUAAAUACAUCCUUCGAGACUUUCUUUGACACAGAGAGACAGCCGGGAAAUUAUACAGUGAAGGUUAGUAUAUUUUAGCGUUACCUAUCAAUUGUUUAUAGACAGUUUGACAGGUAUUAUAUAAUACGAUCAUGAACCAAAUUACUUCAAAAUCUAAAACGAACACUUGAUAACCUUAGUAUCACACUUCUUCAAAUUUCAAACAUGUUCUUAAGAGAAAGUUGAUAACCGUGUAACCAUUCUUAAAAUUGUCGUAAUUUGAGACUAAAAUUGUCCAUCAGAUCAGCUAUUCAUUCCUGGACCAAUCAGGGCAAAUUCUUGAAGAGAGAGUGCUUGGAAAUGUUCAUCUUCAAGGUAACUGCGUUUUAUGAAGUUGAUGAUUUAUUUUUCUUCCUCUCUCUUUUCAUAAGUUAAGUAUCAGUUACACGUUAAAUAUACAGGUCAGUUUGUAUAAGGUUCAAAAGACUUCACAAUAAAUACGGACUAAAUUCAAACUUUGAAAGAGUUAGUGGACAACAAUUAUAUAGCGACAUUCUGCCUUUUUUUUCGGACAAAACGAAAAUUUGGGCAUAUUUUGGCGAGCAAUCAACCAAAUGAAUGAGUUGUAGAUCGGUUUGCUGGGUCGUGAGGUUAAACUGGAGAUAGUUUAGAAAAUCAUUGAGAUUUGCUUUCAGAAACCAGGAACUGCAAAAUAGCUUACAUGUACGAGGCAAAAGUACUUUCUUGGAAACUAUAUGUUUCUUGGAUUUAUCCGCCCAUUCUUGUCUCCGUUUUUGGUUAACAUCCCUAAGAGAAAAAGCACUUUAGCAAACGAUUAUAAUAAUUACUUUUAAACGAUAAUUUGAACUCUCACAGCUGCUCUAGUAUUAAAAGAAUGCCAUUUCGAGUCUGGAAAUUGUGCGGGCUGGACUAACCUUGGAGGCAAGGAAAAGUGGAAGUUCUCCCAAGGUAAGAAGAAGGAUAUUUCUGCCUGCUUACUUUUUUUUUUUUUUUUUUUUUUUUUUUUUUUUAAGAAAAUGUACGCUAUAGGAUCUCUGCGUCAUAAUCUUUUUUAAACUGUCCCGCUCAAUCUCCAUACUUAUGUGAAGGAUUGGCUUAAAGUAGCUUGGUCCUUUUCUAUAUAAAUGUGUUUACUGACUCAAUGUUACAUCUCCCAGGUCCUUUUGCCUACAUCGGAAGAUCUUCCAGGGGACAGCUUAAGAGUCCUUUGUUAUCAGGGAAACCAGCUAAUGAGAUGGUGGGCUUGUGCCUACGGUUCAGAUACCUCAUGCCAACUAAAUCAAAGUCGUAUUUGAAAGUUCUACUUUGGGAAGCAACAGAAGAAAGGGAGUUAUUAGUUUGGCAGCUGCUUGGAUACCAUGGUCAAGGAUGGUCAAUGGCUCAGGUGGUUUUGCCAAGCUCUGUAUCUAUUCAGGUAAUUGAAGCUUCCAUUUCAUUUGAGGGAAAUCUCUUUCUAUUUGUAUUCAUGGGUGAGGUUUAUAUCUAUGUAUGUUACAACCUUGAAACAUUUUAUUUAAUUAUUGAUAACAUCAUUUUCUAUUUCUUUCUAUAUGUUCCUGUUUUGUGACAGGUUAUGUUUGAGGGAGAAGGCUUUGUUGAUGACCCAGUGAAUGUGGCAAUUGAUGACGUCAGCGUAACGACUGAGAACUGUGUUUUACUACCUUACUAUGCAAAGCCAGGUGAUCUUUUCUUUCCGUUCCCUCUUUUCAUUCCUAUACUUUCGAAUAAGGAACUUAACGAUCAUUUUAAUCUUCCAAAAUCCUUACCACUUACGCUUGAGGCGUACACUUGGUUUGCCAACAGCUCGUGGCCACUAGUAGGCUGGUCAUGAAAGUAGCAACCAGAGCAGAGACUUAUGGUUCAAUUCUGUCCUAUGUUUAACUCAUUAGUCUUUGAUAAUAAUGUAUUCCGGCUUUGUAAACUUCUCUCACAGAAAUGUGGCACAGUUUCGGUCAUUAUUUCUUUCUCUUUAUGGCUUUUCAUUUAUAAAGAAAACGAAAUAGGAAACUUAUUUCGCCGAGUUUUUUGUUAGGUUUUCACUGUGGCGAAAAAGAGUUUCAAUGUGACAAUGGGGAAUGUGUCAAAAAUGAUUUAACAUGUGAUGGUGACCUCGCGUGUAAAGAUGAAUCGGACGAGGAGAACUGUGGCUGCCCUUCCAGUGAGUUUGCUUGCCAGGAUGGAAAAUGUAUCCCCGCGGCAGCUGUGUGCGAUGGUAGCAACGAUUGCUCAGACGGAGAUGAUGAACAUAACUGUCGUAAGUUCAUGAUUGCGCUAAGGACGCCAAGGGAGUUUUCUUUUAACUCUUGUGGUCAUUUCGGGCUAAAGAGUGAUUUUUUUACCGAUACGUUUCAAUAAGACAGUCGUUAAGUCUGGCCAGCGGUAAUGAAACAAUUUUAUUUCUUUACUCUAUUUUUCCGCAGUAUUUACAUUCGCAUGACUCAAAUUAAAGAUUUGCUUUUCAGGUAGUCCAUGUCCUUUCAAAUAUCAUUGUCUUGAUGGUACUUGCAUUUCCUGGUCUAAUACCUGUACGGAAAUACCGUUCUGUGAGGACGGUACUAACACACCGUCUGUAUGUGGUAAGUAGAAAACAGCAGCCUAGUGUAUACCUAAUUCUAAUUGAGCUUAUUUCGUGUAAAUUCACAAAAACUCUAGACCAUGCCUAUUCUUGUCCUGUAACACAUGAAACUAAUCAUCAUAAUGUCUUAAAGUAUCAUGGUAUGCUUUAGAAAUUGCUGUUUAAGAAACAGUGAGAAGGCUUCGAUCUUGCCUUUCCCUUGAUAUUUCUGCAUUUCAGGAGCGGGAGAUUGCCUCCUCAGUGAUUUAUCGUGUUCAUCAGUCACGUCAGAAGAGCUUUUGCAGUGUAAAUCAUCUUUCAGAGGUAACAUUCAUAUCAAAUUACUAAGAUGCUGCCAUACCUUAAAAUCCACUCUUUUUCCGGUAAGUUCUUUUCUACUUUUAUCCUCUCCUUGCCUUUAUGUUUACGAUAUGGAGACAGAACGUCUGGUGCAUCUGGGGACUGAUUUGGUAGGCUUGUUUGAUAAAAGACAGGGUUCAGAUGAAACAAACGUAGUUAAUUUUGAUAUUCGCGAAUUACUGAUUAUAAUUACGAAGACUAAAAUACCUACAGUAAGGCAAAUUCGACUCAAUGAAACAUAUACGGGGUCAUUUACAGUUUUCAUUGUGGAAAAUUGGAACAGUCAGUUUUAGUUGUAAAUUCCUUUGGUUCAUUUUACACAUUGCAAAUGACCGUAUCAAAAUGAAGUCGUUCGUGAACAACAACCUCGUGUACCCUUGCAAUUCAAUAUUGAAAAGCGACUCCGUAUGCAUGGAGGGGAUAUUAAUCCGAAGCUUUGUUAUUCUUCUGUGUUUCGGUAACUAGCUGAUUUUUCCUUUCAAACAGGCCAUUGCAGUUUCGACGAUAAUUUUUGCUCAUUGAAAUAUGACUGGAAUGCCACGUUCCAGUGGACCAUAACGUCGGGCAAGACACCAACGGAGAAUACUGGUCCAAGAUAUGAUCACACCACUUUUAGCAAGGAUGGUAAGGACUAUGUUCAGGACUAACACUUCGUGAGAUCAAUUUUCUGCCCCCGUUCAGACUUUUUUUAACGAAAAUGUCGCGUAGGAAAUGCCAGUGGGAUAUUAUGUUGUGAAAUACACCCAGUAAUCUAUCCUAGAAAUAUUUGAAGGACAUACUGGACUAAAUAAGGAAAGAAUCCUAAAAUUUCGUUUAUCUAUUGACAUAACUAUUUAUAUCUGUUACUCUAAUUUAUUAAGUUUCUGAUGUUGUUUUCUUGUUUUUGUUUUAACGUUUCUAAUUGUUAUCUUCUCCGGGAUUUAUAGUUUUAUGUGUGCAAUAUGUGUAACUCCAUCAUUGUAAGAAAUGUAGUUCUGAAAGUGAUUCUGGAAUGUUAACAAGGCAAAUAAGCUAAUUAAAAUUUUCCAAGGUUAUCCUCUUCGACGUUCUAUAUUAACGAUAUAGAUAUGAGACGGUGGAAAAUGCAGAAUUUUCUCUUGAUGUUUACGUCUUCCUACCAUUUUUUUGGCAUAGCCUGAACUUUAAAAGAAAUAGCUGUUAUUCUAUAACAGGGUCGUAUAUCUACAUCGAAGCCUCUCCACAAUUGCCUGGAGACAGAGCAAGGCUGUUAAGUGACUGGAUGGGACCCAAUGAAGUAGUGUGUAUUCAGUUUUGGUAUCAUAUGUACGGGUCAGAAAUCGGCAAUUUGAGCAUCUACUUAAAAACUAACCAAUCAGAGACAAUUGUAUGGACACUUUCGGGAAAUCAGGGGGACCAGUGGAAGUUCGCACAAACAACUUUGAAUAGUGGAGAUGCUUAUAAGGUAGGCCUCCUUGUAUUUAUGGUUACCGAGUACUUACGACUGCAAAAUGUAAGGUUUGUUCAUCGACAUCUUUAAUUCAUGAAAUCAAAUGUAUGAAGGUACUUUUGUGAUCAUUGAGUUAUAUCAUAACUACCAGCAUCAUUAUCAUAGCUACUCUUAAUGUUAUCGUCAACGUCAUCGUCAUUAUUGUUUUUUACAAGUUUAUCAUUGAGGGAAUGGUAGGCUAUGGAAGCAGCGGUGAUAUAGCUCUGGAUGAUCUCACUUUGCUUGAUGGAAACUGUAAGACAAUUCUUACACAGAGUAAGUGAAAUGAGAUAUUUAACAAAGUUAGAUGUCUAUAAGCCAAUGGCUAUGCAUGAUUUUUGUUUCAUUUUCGUUGUAGUAGGAAGAAUAAUUUGUAAAUAUUGCAUUUAAAUGUACAAGCAAAUUUUUGUUUCUCGUGUUCCGUAAUUGUAAAUUUGUACGUUUCUAGAUAAUUCCUCGCAACAAACAGUCUUUAAACUAAAAUAACGACUCAAGCUUUGCCGUUAACUUAUUGGACAUUUCGUUGUACCAGCGCAAUAGAAAAGCCACACAUAAAGUGAGAGUUACAGGAGACAUACAUUUGCACUCGGUUAUAGCAUAGUGAGUAGAAAUAAUUUACUGGGCAGUUUGUUUUGUGGCAUGUAACGACAAUGAGGUCCUCUGACCCCUUUGCACUUUUAGAGAGUUUGAACUGUGAUUUCAAAGAAGGCACAUGCGAUUGGGAGGCUCAAGGAGGGUGGACACUUUCAAAAGGUGUGUCAUGAUUGAAAUUUACCUUAGCACGCUCUUCAGUUGAGAGUCGAUUUGAACAGUUAUUGCAUGUUUUAAACAAUUUUCGGCUUUUGAUAAUUCUUUUCUGUAACAAUCUCUUAUCAGACGGUUCCUCUAUUUUUCUUCGCCGUGGAGCACAUGCGGUGCGUCACUCUCUAUUUUCGCCUCCGAACAUAAAUACCAACGAAUGGAAGUGUUUACAUCUCCGAUAUUUCAUCGGAGGCAACGACGAGUAUGAAGCAUCCAUAACAGUGUUAUUAAAGAUGUUAACAUCAAACCUAACGACUUUGCUUCUCUUUGCGGACCAGACUACAUCUGGGACAACAUACACACAAACACCGUUACCAACAAAUUUCACAGACGCUCAGGUAUUUACCCAACAUGCUCGUAUUGUAGACUUAGAUCUUUCAUAAGCUUUUUAAGCUUCCUGCGAAUUAGAGUUAUUUUAAAUCAAUUUGAUGUUGAAUUCGAGAAGCUUUUAGUUAGAAAGUUAUGCUGCACACUCAAGUGAUGUUACUCCGUUAUUGAAAAAGACGCCAUUUCAUAUCAUUAUGUAGAUCGAAAUAGUGGGAACAAAUGAAUGGAAAAUUCUGGCUAUCAGACAAGUAUCCUUUUCCAAAGACUCUUGUGAGCAUAUUCCCAAGCGAAGAAAUGGUAAGUCUCCAUCACAAUUUAUGGCCUCUAUUCACGUGUAUAUUGUUCCGAUUGUUGCUUGUCGAAUUAUGGCUAUGUAUCUCUAAAUGCCACAAAACAAUGAAAGUUUCCUAAUAGUUUGGCUCUUGCUCUCAAUAUCUUUAAUAAAAGGCAAGCAGCUAUAAACAGUCGAAUAAUGCAAUUUCAAUUUAAACAGCGUAUAAGCGUAUCUGAUUUACAUUUAUAGAUUCCAAAGAGGUAGCCGCUGAAUACACCUUGAAAGAACCUACUUGAAACCGAUUUUUGUCACACUUUGUCAUUUAUGUAAUCUUUAGAUUUGCAUCAGCAUAAACCCCUUGGAAUGGAAAACGGUGAGAUCCUUGACAAGAAGAUCACCUCAUCUUCACAACUGGAUGUGAUUCAUGCCGCCAUCCAAGGGAGACUUCACUUCCAAGCAACCCCAGGCAAAGCAGGGUCUUGGUCCGCUGGUUUAGAGGACUCAAGUCCAUGGCUCCAAGUUGAUCUGAAUAUUCAGAACACAAGAGUUACAGGGGUUGCCACGCAAGGGAGAAACGGACCCUUCGCUCAGUGGGUCACGGAAUAUAAGCUGCAGUACAGCAACGAUGGAGUAAGCUUCAAGUAUUACAAGGAACCCGGACAAACCACAGAAAGGGUACGUACGAAAUGUAGAAAGACGUCGAUCCCAGAUGCAAGUCCAGGACAAUUAAAAAUUUUUUAUUGAUUGUAGGUGCGGUUGUCAGAUGGAGAAACAUGCAAUUUAUUUCUCAAAUGUGUAUUUCCUGGGAACAAUUCCACACGCUCGUGAAAAAUGGAUGACGCUUUAAGACCAAACCCUGAUCUACUUCCACACAUGAUUUUUUCAUCACUUAUCCUCACAUAACAAUCCCCUAAAAAGGCAGUUUUUUUGACGAUCGUCAUCCUGUGAGCAUUCUCUAUAUCAACAGGGCUUAGUACAGAUAAGUAAUAUCUUUUCAAGAGAUUGUUAAGGGGCUAAAAUGUGAGUUAAUUAACAUCACAGACCUAAUUGUUGGUAUUUACAAAGCAAAAACUAUCAUAAUGCGACGUUUUGUCGAUACAGCACUUUGCUGGAAACGCUGACCAGGAUGCUGUCGUUUUUAAUGAACUUAAUCCACCGAUCAGAGCACGUUACAUUCGCUUUCGACCUGUGGCUUGGUAUAAGGCAGCUUCAAUGAGAGUUGAACUGUAUCAGGGUGUGGAAGGCAAGUCAAUUACUUACUGACGUUUGGUUUUAUUCUUUCUUUUCUACGAAAACGCUUAGAUAAGAUAACAUAUUUGGUAUUACUUGGCAAAAAAGAAAAAUGUAAAACAGUGUAAGUGCCAUUUUGUAUGUACAAAUUACAGACACCUUUGGCUAGAAUAAUAAUGUGUGUAUUUCCAAGGGAACUUUCGUAGUAAUCGCUGUCUAGAAGAAUGUUAUUUACUAGUUUAUGGAAACGUUUUAAUUCUCAUUGAGAUAGCUGUAUUCGGGACCAUCGUGCACAUGUAUGAGAUUUCGGUUAAUUAGCUUGAACAAGUGCUUACAAUCAAUAGCUUACCUCAGAAAUUUGUAGUUCGUUGAUAAGGAUUGACGAUUAUCAUUAACAUCGAUAAGGUACUUUUCCUUACAAUGAUCUGCUUCAUUACCGUUAGAGUGUAAUAAAGCUCUGGGAAUGGAAAACAGCGAAAUCUCGAGUGGACAAAUUCUUGCCUCUUCACAAUGGGAUGGAUAUUCCGCCGCAAGCCAGGGAAGAUUAUUCUUUCAAGCGACAGAGAGGACACAGGGUGGAUGGUCAGCUGGCCAAAGGAAUGCAAGGCAAUGGUUCCAAGUUGAUCUGGGAAGUCAGUACGUUAAAAUCACAGGUGUAGCAACACAAGGCAGACAAGAACACGAUGAGUGGGUAACCAGUUACAAACUGCGCUACGGGAAUGACGGAGAGAGCUUCCAGUACUUCAAGGAAGAAGGGAAAGUCGAGGACAAGGUGAGUACAAAAAUAGUCAAUUAAAUGUUUAUCAUGUUUUAGCAAACAGUAAUCAAUGUCAUUCAAUUGCCAUUUUUCAACUUCUGAUAAUGUCAUAAAAACUCCAAAUCAGCUAUUCAGCUAAUAGGUAAUCGAUAACCAGUUGGUCGGGUAAAUCUCCGCCCUGGUCAGUUAUUAUCACCGGUGCUCAUCGUCUUUUGUUUUUCUCUUUUAUAAAUUGAGAAUUUAGACGAAUGUAAUGAUUUGAUAUGCUAUGAAGUCUUAAUUAAUCACUAGUUCGCGUGUUGAGACCUUCUUUGACGCGUACUCGUUACCAUAUCCUAUGCGGUAUCCACUGAAAUUAUCUUCAUUUUAGAGUAUCCCUUCAUUAAAUCUAAUCAACAAAUCUUACUUUACAUUCGUCUUACUUAGGAAUUUACUGGAAAUAUGGACUGUUGCACCAUUGUUCAUCAUAAACUUUACCCAGCCAUCAAAGCCCGUUUCAUUCGCCUUCAACCCCUCUAUUGGCAUAACUGGAUAUCUAUGAGGGUUGAAUUGUAUGGCUGUUCAGAUGGUAGGCGAAGCAUUUUCUUCUAAGAGAAAAUAAUUUUCAGUUUCAGUCUCUACGAUACCUGUAUCCGAUACAGGUCCUUUAGCUCAAAAACUUUUUUACCCUUUGCAUACAGUUGUUUGCUUUCUUUUCUUUCCUUUUUUUUCUCUUGUUUUUUUGUUUUUUCAAAUUUAUUCAUUGUCUGACUGAGGAAAAUCACCAUGAAAUAAUUGUUUAGAGGGUAUUUUGUUGGAAUAUAUCAUCAGUUAAUUUAGGUUAAGAAAGCUUCAGUAUAGAUUAUGAUCCGGGAUAUUUAUUUACUUGAUUCGAUUUCCAUACAACUAACAGAAUGUCAAACGGAUCUUGGCUUAAGAGAUAAAGCUAUUCCUGAUGCACAGCUAAGUGCUUCAUCGCAACUGGAUCAUAACCAUGCCGCAUCUCAAGGAAGACUGGACUAUGAAGGUGAACGUUGGAGAUCGUCAGCCUGGUCAUCUCGCACUGAAGAUAAAAGUCAAUGGCUCCAAAUCGAUCUUCGAAGUAUAUACAUUAAAGUAACCCGGGUGGCUACACAAGGUCGAACCGGCACAGGGCGCAAGAACUGGCAGUGGGUAACACAUUAUAUGCUGCAGUUUAGUGAUGAUGGAGAAAACUUUACUUUCUUUAAGGAACUAGGACAGUCAGCGGCAAAGGUAUUGUACAUUUUUUAACGGACUUGUUAACGUUGUGUUCUGUUACAAUGAUAGAUAUUUAGAGACAACAAAUUGCCGUUCUUUCAAUUUAGAAUUUUAGUGGAAACAGCGACAUCAGUACUGUUGUUUAUAAUAACUUAAACCCACCGAUCAGAGCUCGUUACAUCCGCUUUAUCCCACAAGCCUGGUAUGGCCAUAUAUCGAUGACGGUGGAGCUUUAUGGAUGUCUGGAGUAUAGUAGUAAAGGUGAGGAGUGCAGCUCGGACUUAAAAUAGGAAUGUGUCUCUACGAAAAUAGCGAAAGAAAGUUGUUCUAAGAAUGCUGUAAAUGCAUCAAUAGAACAGUGCAGCUUUCUCAUCAAUUAGCAACUUUAUGAAGACGACGUCGACUUCUAAUUUACUCAAGUGUCAGCUCUAUUUGUUAUGUACUCAUUCAUAUCAACGAUCACUUAUUGACUGAAUGACUGACUGACUGAUAUGCUGAUUGAUCAACGGACUGGUUACCAGAGUGGGUAACUGACUAACGGACUAUGUCAGUAUGACACGUUAUAACUUUGGGUUUGGGCUAAACGUUAGCUCGGUAAACACAUAAUCUUACUUAAUUGGUGAAUUUUGCCAGCACAUCGGGUUUCUUCGGUCUUACCUUGGGUAUUUUGGCUUUACUGCCUUUCUCCAACAUACGAAUUAUGGCUAGACCGAAAUUACCUGUUGCGCCGCCCGAGAGUACCACCUGACGCGAUUAGGUAUUGUAGCUAUUCUUGCAAAUAAAAUGUUUGACAUGGUCCUUAAUCGUGUUUUCGCCCUUUAGUUACCAUGAAUGGAUCUGAAUGUCGACAAGCUCUUGGUAUGCAAGACGGUUUAAUAUCAGAUGGACAAAUCAGCGCCUCUUCAGAAUACAAUGAAUUUCAUGCUGCAAUCUUUGCUAGGCUGCACAUUGCACCGAUCACCGCAAAAAAGGCUGGUUCCUGGACUGCGGAGAGAAAUGAUUUACAUCAAUGGUUGCAAGUGGAUCUAGGAAGCCAGUACACCAGAGUAAUACGAGUUGCAACGCAAGGAAGACACGAUGAUAGCCACUGGGUGACAAGAUAUAAGUUACAGUAUGGAAAUGACGAAAAAAAAUUACAUUACUACAAGGGUUCCGGAAAAUUUUCAGAUAAGGUACUGUAAUUAAAUGAUGUACUGCGAUCAAUGGUAUUUCAUUCUUCAUUCCUUGACUUUCAGCUUUAAUGCCGAUUCAGGGACCCAAAACCUCAAUCAAUUUCUGGCACGGGAACAAAUUCUAUAGGUCAUAACUCUAGACCUGCUCAAAUUGUUUCCUGCAAAAAAAAAAAUUAUCCUUUCCCCGUAGAUAUCCCAAUAACAUAUCGAACCGUAUCGAGAGGAAGAGGAAGCUGGAUCACUCGCUUUCAGAAACUGCAAACUUUUCAAAGAAUGCUCCAAAUACAAUAAGUUCACCUAUUUAAGUAAUUGCAACGAUGAACAUUCGUAAACUAUAAACGGUUGUUUUAUUUCUCCUAACCUAGAAUUUUGUUGGAAACUCUGAUCGAGACACUGUCGUUUUCAGUGAACUAAACCCGCCAAUCUAUGCACGUUUUAUCCGCUUUCGACCACAACAUUGGUUUGGCCACAUAGCCAUGAGGGUAGAGGUCUAUGGCUGUCGAGGUGAGGAAGUAUUAAUUAUUUUCACAAUUUUUCAACUCUCAUCUAGUCCCAUAUAUUGUCCUUCAAUUCCGUCUACCACACCUCCUGCUGUGCACGUGUAUUUUUUACUUGAGCUUGAUUGCUGUCAACGUUUGUAAUAACUAGUCAGCAUAGAGUCGCCAGUUGUGAUUUACCAACAAUCCAUGCUGGUUUUUUUAUGUAGUUGUUUGUUUUUGGUGUUUGUUUUGUUUCAUUUUUUUUACCAUGGAAUUUGAGGAUACACGUAAGUAUCAAGAAUUCUCAUAGAUUUAUUAAAACCCUCAGAAUGUAUGAAACCUCUCGGUGUGGGCAACGGUGCAAUAUCUGAAAGACAGAUGAGUUCUUCUUCCCAACUGGACGAUGCUCAUGCGGCUAUGCGAGGGAGACUCAACUCCAAGGCAGCUAAGGAUAAAGGAGGAUCCUGGUCCGCUGCCUCGAACAACCGCAGCCAAUGGCUUGAGAUAGAUCUCCGUAGUCAGAACAUCAAUGUGACCCGUGUAGCCACUCAAGGAAGACAUGAUUCCAGCCAGUGGGUGACGAAGUACAAGCUGCAGUACAGUAAUGAUGGUGUUAACUUCCAAUAUUACAAAGAGCCGAUGAAAAAUGCACAUAAGGUGGCGCAUAUUUUUUUCACGGACAACUAUACUUCAGUUCCCUUUUCCAAUUCCUUCUAGUCAUCUUAUGACGAAUAAUCUUUAUUUGCUAAACGCAGAAUUUCCGUAGCUUCGGUGUAUUUAUUGUAUCUUUAACCUGAAGUUAUUAUGCCCUAUAAUCAAUGCUAAGUUUCGUCAAACCUUGGUAUACUGAUUACAAAGUUGAAUUGUCUAUUGGAUAGGCAGAAAGAAACAAAUUACACUUAGUUAUAAGUAAGGAGGUGAGAUUACUUUUCGUUUAACAAUGGUUUGGCGUGGUCUUUACUCUUAUCGAGAACCAUAAUCAUCAUCACAGCGGUAAAAAUGUUGAUUGUCGGUGAUCGACUGUCAAUUGGCGUCAUAUAAAACGAUUCUUUCAGAGCGUGACUAUUGCAUGACACGUUUACACGAGCUUUUUACGGCUGAACUUUGUACUCUUAUCGACAAUCGCAAGUUGGCCAAUCAGAUUGCGAUGUUACUGCCAAUUGUCGUAAAACUAGCAUUGCACACGAGCUCUAUAACUAAGGAAGACGCUUUGUUCUCAAAAUUUUAUCUUUUAACCCUAAAUAUUACGAUUAUUGAGAUUAUUAAGAGUACGUUAAUCGUUAUCUUUUUAAAAACGUGUUUCAUUCAUUAACAUAGAGGAUGUACAAUUUUCAAUCUGUAGAUUUUUGAUGGGAACGUUGAGCAACACGCCGUUGUUUAUAAUGAACUUGUCCCGCCUAUCACAGCACGUUUCAUCCGUUUUUGGCCUGUUGACUGGUAUGGUCACAUAUCAAUGAGAGUAGAACUUUAUGGAUGUCAAGGUAAUUUGUGAUGUGUGUCCUUCCUAAUGAUUUUCAUUCAGUUCAUCAAGCGAUCAAAUAAUUGAAUUCAGAUUUGUUUAGAUGUCGAGGCAUUCCAAGGAAGUACAUUUAAAGGGAAUCCUUUUUUGGUACUCGCUAAAUGAUAAAAAAUUUUCGUGCAACACCGGAAUUUUAUACUAUGAGGAUCUGGUAUCUCUAGUGUCUUGUUGCACCCUUUCAGAUGACCGACCCUGUGACACAUCAGUAGAUUGGUGUGGAUGGAAAAACGAACGUGGCUGGAAAAGAAUCAAACAUAAAAAUCUUGAUCAGAUCUCUCAGAGCGAAGGUGGCGGACAAGAAGGUUCGUGAUGACUUGAAAAAAAAACUUGAUAAUAAUUAAAUGUCGUUUGUUUCGAUAAAAAAAAAAACUUUAGCAUUUGCAACAGACAUUGAAAAAAGGAUGACAAUAGCGUUACAAGAAGAAUUAUUUUGGUUUCGUUUUUACUUUUUCCGUUUAAGGUUUUAGUGUCGACAGCAACUUUGAGGUCCAUCUCCCUGACAGCGAGUACGGUUACAUAUCAUUAUCAGAUGUGGUACUGGAUGAAUGCUGUUUCACCGUUUGCUUUUGGUUGAAUACUGCUGACAGUGGCUUCUUUAUGGAAUACAAAAAUGAGGGAUCAGCCGAAGAAAAUAAGAUUCUACUUUUCGGAAUCUAUUGUGGAAACAACACAUUUUCUCUUCAAAGCGGCAGCGAAAGAAGGUAUCACAGUGGGAUUUGUAUAGGGUUGUUUCUUGUCAUAUAUCUUACUCUCAAUCUUUGAGAUUGCCUUAGCAGAGAUGACACCUGAGAAUUAUCAAUUGUUGGGAAGUUAACUGCCUAGAACCAUGGUUCAUCCAGAGAGACCUCGCUCCCUGUGUCCCUUCAUUCAAAGCCUACAAAAUUGUGUCAGUCAGUAUUGAGCGUGAUAUAUUAUCUGUAAUUAUAAGUUACUGAAAGACAGUGUCUUUCGCUCUUUCUAUACAGAGAGCAUUCAAUGGACUUGAUGGAUUCCACCUGGCACCACGUAUGUGUCUUCUGGGAUGGGAAAGUUGGAAUGCUUGCAGUUUUCAAGGAUGGUCAAAGAAAUGUCAAGUUAAAUAACUUUAUGGCGCCCUUACUUCAGAAGCCGAAUGAAGGUAUGUAGAAGAAGCUGGGGAUUAGGGAUCUCUCAUUUAAGGAAAUGAUGAUCUUCUUCUGAGUUGCACCUGGAUGCAAAGAAGUUCAACAAAUUGACAAAUUUAACCUAAAGGUGAACACUUUUAAGUUAGGUUUGAUAACGCCGACAGUUUUGCGAAGUUGACUUAUUGUUUGCGGCCAGAACAUGGAAAGACUUUGAUAAAAGAAGCUAUAGAAUCAAAUUAUUCGGUCACUUUCCCCCUUUUGCAUUGCAUCUUUGAACCGUUUAAACCAAUUUACCCUGUGAAAAAUUUGUUUUCAUUUGCAUAUGCAGGGGUCGUGACGAUUGGUUUUAGGACUAUAAAUGGAACUGCGUCUGUUAUUUUUGGUAAACUGAGUGGCUUUAAUAUUUGGAGCACCUUAGUCACGGCAGAAGAAAUACUGAGCAUGUCUUACGGUUGUGGAAAGGAAGUUGGCAAUGCAAUGGCCUGGGGAAAAGUUAGAAAUGGGCUAAUUGGGGAAGUAGAGAUGCAAUCACAUCCAACUUGCAACGAUGGAAAACGUAAGUCAUACCUCGAUAACUUCAUUAUUGUUAUCGUUGUAGGCCAAACAUGAAAAACGUGUUUCAUUCAUUAACAUAAAGGAUAGUUUGAAACAAGAGCCAUCUUCACGUCUAUUGUUUGAUUCAAGGAUUUUUUCCUCUUAUUUUUUUUUCUUGUGGUUGUGCACUUGUGCCAACCGACAAUCCAAAAUACCUCUUGUCAGUUGGUCUAGUUUUCUGGCAUGACCUAUUCAAACUAAUGUUGAUUAGGAGCUCUUUUGAUACAGUAGUGCCUCACUCUUCGACUGACAAGAGGUGGUCUUGGGUUUUAAAGAAAUUGCAGCAUGAUCAGCGGAGUCUAUCGUAGGUCUCUGAUAUGUUAUAGGUAUAAUGUCUUUCAUUAGCUUUGCUUUGGUCAUGUAAAUGAAAUUUGAAGGAAUGCAUGAUCCUUGAUUGUCACACGUGUAUCAUUUACCAGAGUCAAAAUUCAAAAUAAGGUUUACAAACGCCAAUUCAUUAACAUUGUUUGUAUGACUGCCAGGUGCCAGGCUUGUUGUAGAUACCGCCGAUUUCAAGCCAAAUGGGACCGCUGUUCUUGUGAGCCCCACAUAUAAUAGAUCAAGCGACGGGAAAAGCAGAUGCUUGAGGUUUCGCUAUAUGCUGCAGGGGUCUGGAGAUAAAACGUUGACAAUUUUCCAGAAAACAGGGGGUUAUCGUGAAGUACCCCUCUGGACUUGGAAACGCAACUCUGGCCAAGAUUGGAUUUAUGGUCAAGUUCCGCUGACCUCUAUUACGAAGUUAAAGGUAGUAUCAAAACUAUGGAAUUUUCUUUUCCAUGGCUACAUUUGGUAUCCUCGUACUAAAUGAACAAUGCAGGCCAUCAAUUCAUUCUUGUCAGUUGAUGGUAUUGCUGAUAAGGUGCAAAACGUCUUCUGCAGUACCUAAAAGUAAGUUAACAAACUUCUUUUCCCUCUUUCAGAUUCUGAUUAAAGCCCAAAAAAGCAGGGAGAAAGACUUGAUUGCCUUGACAGGGAUAUAUGUCAAAGAGGGACUCGAAUGCAAACUUAGACCGCUGUCGGCGAAACGAGGUAACUCACUUACCUGUAUCUUAUCUUGCAUUGUUACUUUAUGUAUAGUCCUAUGUUACAUCGUUUUUAUAGUGUCUAAUAAAAUUAGCUUGGAAUUUCAAAGGAAGGAAGACUGCAUUACUUUUAACACGCUUUCUGAGGAUCUCCUCCUUUAUCACUCCUUUGGAACGAAGUUGAUCAUUCGUUUAAGAUGCGAGGCAUCAUUUUCUUUGAGAAAGUAACAUACUUAAAUGACCCACCUUUGUAAAAUACCAUUAAUCACACUUCUCUAUUCCUUGCUAUGCUGUCUUCUUCAUCUAUGGGGAGUAAUAGGUAGCAGUUCAUGCACUUUGCUGGUUUAAAUUUCUUUAUUUCUUCAUCUAUAUCUUGCUCUUUUUCCUGUUCUAUUUUGUAACCUGUUUUGUUUCGGUUCGUUUUGUUUUAUUUUUUUUCUUCCUAUGUGUUCAUUUUUGUAUCUAUAUAUUUCUAUUUACAGCUUGCAAUAUGGACUUAACCGAUCCGUCAGGAUAUAUCUUUUCACCGGCCUAUUCCGGAGAUUCUCUUGAUGAAAUCGCUUGCACGUGGUAUAUUGCCGUUUCACGCAAUAACAAUAUUCGCUUGGAAUUCCAAGAUUUUCACCUUCCAGACCAUCCCACGUGCAAGGGCUGUUAUCUCCAAAUUUUUGAUGGAAGUGAAAAGUCUGCUCCAACGUUGGGUCGAUUUUGCGGAUAUAUGUAUCCUCCUAUUGUCAUUUCUUCAUCAAAUCACCUCAAGAUUGCUAUGCGUUGUGCUGCCAGUCCCUACACGGCAAGAUUCAAGAUUUUUUAUAACUCCAAAGCAGGUAUCAAACAGUACAUCUCUUUGAAUUUUUAUUGCAACCAAGCUGUUUUUUAGGCCUUUCACUUUCAGAACUCUAAUAAAAAGGAAGAUAUAUUAAUAAUAAGUCAUGUCAUAAUUUUAUGUCAUUGUUUUUAUGUUUCAAUUUUUCAGCUCACAAGGAACUAGGCUCGUCCUGUUCACUUCAGCAAGGUACACAAAGAUUCUUGAGCUAACUUUCUUUCUUUUUUUUUCCUUUGAAUUUGAUCUAACGUUUUGUAAAACUGCAUCAAUUUAACGAACGAAUUCAUCUCUUAUACCUCACUAUCGCGUAAUGCCACACACUUAAACUCCCUUUCAAUUUUUGUUAGCUGUAUAAAAUCAAUUAAAAAGAAGCUACCUAAUAUAUUCCUUCUUCGGGCUUUUGUCCCACAACUAAAAGUGUUUCGGUGCUUCUUUUCUUUUAAACUUGGAAAUGAUGACCUUGAUUUACUAGCCUAUCAAUCAAUGCCAAUGAGCAUAUGUCUUACAAUUCGCCUAGAGUGCCCAUCAAGCUGCAAAUGUAAAGAGUUUGGUGGACAAGUAAACAAGAGGACACUGGUGACAGGAGAAGAUUUACUAAAUGUACCGAAUCACCUUCCUACAAAUGUUGGAGCAAUGUAUGUGACAUUUGGGGUCCUUUUGAUCUUGAAUUAUUCAAACUUUUUGUUUAAUCGUCUUUUCUUUUCAAACAAUAAAAAUGAUAGUUCCUUCCCCGUGUUUCUCUAAACAACUGAUAUUCUUUUUAUGUGUUUAAAUAGGUUUCUCGGCCAAAAUCGGAUAUCUCGAUUGCGCAAGGAGGACUUCAUAAACCUCUUUAAAUUAGAAUAUAUGUGAGUAAAUCUAUUUCUUCUGCUUAAGAUUGUUUAUUAAUUUAUUAUUUUAUUAUUAUGGUUGAGAAGACCAUUUGAUUUCCUUAACCAAUGCCUUGAUUGACAGGGAUAUUGAUCAAAUGAAGCCUUUAAGUGCUACUGUGGUUCUUUCUUUAUUCACUCCGAGCUUUCGCCGUUCUACGGCAUCAUCAGCUCCCUGAUGAUACCGUAGAACGGCGAAAGCUCGGAGUGAAUAAAGAAAGAACCAAAGUAGCACUUAAAUGCUUCAUUUGAUCAAUAUCCCACAUCAUUACGACAUGCUACUAAAGGACACGUUCAAACGCUUGAUUGACAGAUUUUUGUCGAAAGAAGCUUUUCCUGUAUCUUCUGGACUAAGAUGACCACAAAUUUUUCCAUUCAAUGCUUAAAGCUGUUAUGUCACUGUUUUAAAAGAGUUCUCAUUUCUUUUCCCCUCCCUCAGUGAUCUGAGCUUCAAUACACUGCUUCACGUGGAUGAAGACAGCUUUCAAAAUGUGACAUCCGUCAAGACAAUGUAAGUAUCCAUAAAAUAGAGACAUAUUUCAUGAUGACUGAGUAAUUUUUUCGCCCUAGAGUCUGGUGCAAGGUCGAUUAUCACAUUUGUCUUAGCAAUUGAUAUUUUUCCUUUUCGUCGCAGGAGACUUAAUUUUAACUUUCUUCGAACCCUUCCUGUUGGGGCCUUCAAUGGACUACCCAAUUUACGCGUACUGUGAGUGUUUUGUUUUAAUAGUCUUACUUUCGUCCAAUGUGUUCUCCACAGGAUGUAAAUGUGCUUAGAUGGAAAAUAGCACUUUAGAAAGAGAGUAUGGAGAAGGGAGAAUUAAGAUAUACCUUUUGUUAAGUGAAUAAAAGAAAUUAAUUUUUUUUUUCAGUGACUUAGGACAGAACCUUCUUCGGGUUGUAUUCAGCGAGAUGCUCGAUGGAGUUUCGAACUUGGAAGUUUUGUAUGUACUUAUUUCAAGUUGAAAAAAAUCUGACACUUUUAAUUCCAUGAUAAUCAGCUAAAUCGUUUCUCCUCCUGGUUUUGUUUGCAGGAGUUUUCGCUCUAACCAAAUCGAGCAGCUGGAAUAUGGUGCUUUUAGGAACAAAAGCAAUAUGACUCAUUUGUAAGUGCACUAAAGUGGUCUCCAGUUCACCCAGGCACACUUGGUCAUUCAGUAUUCACUAGCAUUAUAAAAAACUGAUUUUGAAUGUCAUCGGAAAAAAUCAAAGGAAGAACAUGUGAUCGGCAAACAGAAUCCUAGCCCUAGUUUCCAUACGGGUGGGCAGUUCCAUCCAAUGGACAAACCUCUAUCUGGGCCCAGCUAUAUAAAGGACGGAUAAUGCUAUCCAACGGAUAAAUCGCCAUCCAGCGGAUAAGUGAUAGGAAAACGCACAGCGUUAUCUGUCGGAUAGAGAUUUAUCCAGUGGAUAGCGCAAUCCAAACUUCAUACAACCGGGGCCUGGCAGUAUGUUUUGUUGUUGACACUUAUCCGCUGGAUAGUCAUUUUUCAAUUGGAUAGCGUUCUCCACCCUUUCAACAACUGGGCUCUGUUCUUUAAGCCAAGUCAGUAGGUAGAUAUUGCUUUCUUUUUAUGUGUUUGUUUGUUUGCUUGUGUUUUUUACCAAUAGCAUUCUUGUUGCCAUCUAGGUACCUACAAGAUAACAAGCUCAAGGAAGUGUCAAAUGGGAUUUUCAAAGACCUUAUGAAAUUGAAAGUAUUGUGAGUGAAUCUUGAAUGAUUUCGAUGGCAUCUUGAAUCAUACUUAGAACAAAACUUACAGAAUGGAAAAUAAUAAGUGCAUAUUCCUGUAUUUGCCAUACGAUUGUUCUAUGGCAAAUGCAAAGAAGUCAUCUAUUAGUUUUUUUGAGUUUUUUUUUUCUUUAAUGAACUAUAGUUGCUGACAAUAAUAAUCUGUUGUUGUUGUUAUUGUUGUUGUUUUUAUUGAUAUUUACAUGGAUAAUUAGUGAGACAUUCCCCUACCAAUUAUUCCUUUUUAACCUCGAUGUAUUUGAAAACUCCAGAAAUCUUAGCAGGAACGAAUUAACAACUGUUUCAAAGGAAACCUUUCAAGGGUUGAAGUCACUUGAGUAUUUGUAAGUAUACAACGCUGUUUAGAAAAAAUAAAUUAUUCUUUUCCCUCUUCAGAAUUCGCACCUUAAUGUGGAGCUAUAUUCGCAUUUUCUAGUCACUUAAUGAUUUAAUUUUUAACAAAAGUGUAUUCGAAACUCACAGUUGAAUUACAUUAAAAAACCUUUCUACCACAACUGUUCAAGAAUUUCCUAUAGUAAAAAUAGUAUGAAUAUUUGAAUAGUUGAUCAAAAUGUUUUCAACUCAGUUAUAAAGGAAGAUCCACAGCGUGGAAUGCAACCAAGUUGUGCACUAAUUUGGGAGAGACGAGAGAUAAUUUAACUUGAUCUAGAGUAAAGAUAAGCACAAUACUUUUUCUCCUUUUUUUAUUUCAUGUCCAUGAUGAAUUAGUAAACGCAUAAUUCUGUUUUAUUUGAAUGUGAUACGCAUCAGCAAAGUCGAUAUUGGGAAACGAAGAAAGGUGAAUCAGUUAUUUUUGUUUAUUUGGUUUUGCAUCAAUUCAGAUACCUGGAUAGCAACAAACUCAUCAAAGUUCCUCCAGACGCAUUCAAUGACCUCAGAAACCUCAGAUAUUUGUAAGUGAUUUCAAAGCUUUUCAAAUUUCAUUAGUCUAAAUUGCGUUAAAUCUAAAGUUAGCUCAGUGUUACCUACAAAGAAAAUCUUGUUGAUGGUUUUUUUACUUGAUAAAGGAAAAUGUAGUAAAUCAACUAUCCAUUUCCCACGUUAGGAUUAUCGGUAAAAGGCACUGCUCUUUUAAAAUCAGCUUAUUUUUAAGGCCCUUUUCAAAUAUUCAGACAUUUAGCCAUUAAACAUCGAUAGGAUCGCCCUACAGAAUUUCGGUUUCCCGUUGUAAAAUGACGCUUUUAGAAUUUUGUUAAUUGUUAGUUUAAGAAAUUAAGAUAAAAAUAUGAAAAGAGUCAAAGUGAAGUUUUUCUAUUUUGCAAUUUUAAAAGGAGACUAGAUCGCUUCAUACUUUGUUGCUACGCCAAGAAGUCCAUCGAAGGAGUUUCUUGCGAUUCCCCAGUCGAUGAAUUUUCGAGCUGCGAUGACCUCAUGAAAAACAAAACUCUUCAAACCUGUAUCUGGAUUCUGGGAAUCUUCGCCUUCUUUGGUAACCUGGUUGUCAUAAUAUGGCGAAUCAUUGAUAACGAGGAGAACAGAGUCCACUCGUUCUUACUGACAAAUUUAGCAUUUGCCGACAUGUUCAUGGGUGUCUACAUGUUGGCAAUCGCCAUCAUGGACGCGAGGUGGCAAGGUGAAUAUUUCAAGCAUGACCAUGAGUGGAGAUCUGGUUGGGGUUGUCGAAUUAUUGGAGUCUUAUCGAUGCUUUCCAGUGAGGUAUCUGUACUAAUUCUAACAAUCAUCACCAUGGACAGAUUUAUUGCAAUCGUCUUCCCGUUCAAAUUCAAACGCCUGACCAUCAGAUCUGCCGUAUUCACCUGCACAGGAGUGUGGAUAUUUGGAAUAGUUAUCUCAGUGAUUCCAAUCACCGGAAUAAACUAUUUUUACAAUCAAAACGAUGAUUCCGGUUUUUACAGUCGCUCAGCAGUUUGCCUUCCUCUUCAACUGUCCGAAGGAACACCGGCCGGUUGGCAGUAUUCCGCCUCCUUCUUCAUUGGGAUGAAUUCUGUUUCUUUUACCUUUAUCCUAGUUGCGUAUAUCUCAAUGUUUUUGACGGUAAAGCGUGUAACCCACUCUGUUCGAUCGACGAAUUUAAACAGGGAAUCCGCUAUGGCCAAGAGACUUGUUUUCAUAGUCAUGACAGAUUUUUGCUGUUGGAUGCCCAUAAUAAUCAUCAGCAUUUUGUCUCUGACAGGAAAUUUCAAUGACCCAGACAAAAUUGCUUACGUGUGGAUUGCAGUGUUUGUUCUUCCCCUCAACUCUUCCCUUAAUCCAAUCCUUUACACGUUUUCCACCGAUAGAGCCAAACGUAGCUUUAGCCAGAAAGGGAAAAAUGUCACUGGUUUCGUUAUGAAGACCUGGAACAGACGAACGGAAGGUGGGUAUUUCUGUUAAGGAAUAGUUUGGUGAUCAUAUUCUGAAUGCUAUUUUCAUCUUAAAGAUUCGAAGAAGCCGUAGAAAUUAUCUUAUUCAGCUGUUUAAGCGUUCUAGUAACUCAUCGUCUUCACUCUCAAGUUGCUGCCAGAAGAAAAGCCAAACAUGAUUAAAAAAACAAAACAAAACAAACAACAAGCUAAUGCGAACAAAAAAGUAAGCAAAACCAAUUGGAAGAUUUUUCAAAUCAAGCCUGAUCACAUAAGGCCACACGACACAUCAAAGCUAAAGUAAUCAAAUGGAUUCGAUAAUUGUACACAAAUUAUUCUAAAACUAACAAUAUGCAUGGUGUUGAGUGUUCCAGUCGCCUUCAAAAAACCCUCCUUUUCUUUUCCUUCUUGAAACGUACCUCUAUUCAUGACAAGUAUCCUAUUAUUUUUACUUUUGAAGAUCGAAUGUCCUGUUCCUCGAACAUCUCUGGAAAAACGUUGCUCUCCAAAGUCCUUUCCAUUUCCAGCCCCCAGCCAAAAGCAAGGGUAUUGAAAAAGCCGCAGCUGGAGGUUGUUGUCCUGCACGCUAAUCUGAAGCUGAUUGAAGAAGUAAAUAUCUUCAAAGAUGAUACUGCUGGAAAACAAUCCAUAGUAAGUAUUUCCUUGUUAAACAAAAUGGCGCUUUGUCAAGUUAAGAGUCUUAAUUUUCAGUAGGCCCUAGUUCCACUCAAGCUAUCUUUAGAUCUCUCCCACUUUCGGAGAGGCCAUUGCAGGAACCGAUCUCAUGCUGCAUAUUUUUCGCUAGUUGGCAAACACCCUCCGUGGGAGUUUAGCAACAUGUACCUUAAUCGAGGGAGAGCCCUCGGAAUAAGGCUUACAUGUCGAAUAUAUUAUUUUUUGCCAACAUAUGUUACAGGAUGCUCAAGAACUUUUCUCAAAAUGUGGAAUCAACCUUGUUCUGUUUAUUUUUGUUUUACUACCAACUAAUCUUGUGCAAGGAUUUUGGUGAUUUUGCUUCACAAAAAUUGGCGAAAAGCACCCCCUCUGUCACGUGCUCCAGAUUUAGCAUUGCCAUGUAUGACAUGUACAAACUAGUAUGAGCACCACAUUACCUUUCGCUCUUACAGGGUUAUGUUACAGCUUGGUGUGAGGAAGGAGGUGUUCUAAACAUGGUUUUGCUAAAGUACUUUCGAAAAGAAAUGAAGGAGGACUGGAAUCGGGAAGUGGAUGUCGUACAGAGCCUAUCUUGUGACGAGCAGCUCCUAUCCAAUGUGUUACAUUAUCGAUGGCACUGCAAAAGUAAGUGACCCUACUUUUUUCAAUGCAACUACCAGUUUAGAAUUGCCAUUAAUUUUUCGCAUCAUUUUUGGAAUCCCAGAUUACUUCACCGCUCUCUGUUCCAUACAGAUGAUUUUUCCCUUUUGUUGGAAAAUGAGGGCGGGGGGGUGAGGGUCGACAUUUGAACCCUUUUUAGGGAAUUUAAAGGUGUAGUGCUGAACUUUUGAAGUUUUUUUUUUGUUGUUGUUGUUGUUUCUUUUUGUAGCUAGCGACCUGAAUAUUGAGCAAGGCAAAACGAAGAUCAAUGAUUUACAAGGAAACAGUUUGUAAGUUGUUGACGAGUGAGAACUUUAUUAUCAAACAUAUUGAAAUCUCCAUAAAUUUGAUAACAAGUAAUAUAACAGAUUUUGAAUGAUAAGUUUCUUUUUUUUUAAGCCUGAUAUGUUUCGACUUUGUGUCGAGCUCAACUCUGGAAGAUUUUAUUUGUGAGAAAGGAACUGUCAUCGACUUCGAAUCAAUUUGUGCCGUAGCUUGUGACGUCCUAGGUGCAAUAGAAGGACUACAGGAACUUGGAAUACUUCAUAACAACAUCACAACAAGCAACAUUCUGAUCAGCCAGUGCCCUAGGGUAAGUCAAGUGGUAAAACUAUUAACUAUUUCUCAGUCAUUCUCAUUUUCCAAGUUAGGGAAUAAAUUUGAAAAACUGUACUAGCGUGUUAAGUGACCCGUAGGUCGCAUGUGUACAUCUAUGUUCUUAAAUGUUUGCUACUGCAAAGUUUGUCUAUCACCGAAAAGUUGACAAUUAUAUAAUCCUUUAUUCAAGUGUUACUUUGCUUUGAAAGUCCUUGUAGUUUUACACAAACGUUUCACGAGCUUCUAAGGAAAUUUCGUGAGAACAGAGAACGUUUCACUCGCAUUUUCACAACACUGUAUGGCAUAUCUUUGAUUGCUUGGAUAACGACCCGAAAUGGUCCAGUGAGGAAAAGCGUUUUUGGUUUGGACAAAGAUUUUGAACAAUCCAAUUUAGCGUGCACUAUACACUUAAACCGGAGAUUCCUUGGUCGAAUCUCUCCCUGAUCAGUAAAUGGGUUUCGUAUUUCUGGAUGGUCCCUUGUUCGACACGUAGACCAGCGCUGUAAAUUGUCAACUGGUUUGGCUCCUCCUUGUUGAGGUUUAUAAUCAAGUUCCUUUUGAUGUAUAAUAUAAGUUUUUAGAUAUUUGAGCGCAUUUUUCAUUACAGAGACACAAAGAAAACCACUGAGUCACCCACAAUUCUGCCACCCUUAUACGGUUUUUUUUAUUGUUGUUUUGGGUUGGAGAGAAGUUAUGUUUAUUGCCUCUAUGCAUUUUCUUUUGAAGAUUCCUCCAAUCAAAGCAGUCUUGGGUGGAUUCUCCUGUGCAUCCAAGGUGAAUGGAGAAAGCGCGUUCACAAACCAAGCUAUUGAUGAACAGAUUUGUUUUGGCAGCCAUGUUGAGCAGUUUGGACAGUUGUUGAUCACACUAUUAGGACACUGUCACGGCUCUAGUAAACAGUUCAAGGUAAACAAAUGUUCCAUUAACUUAAGUAAAAAAUUUCUGCUUGGAUAGUGAAAAAGAUACAUAGUGACCUUGGUACAUACAUCUUCUUUUCUCCAAUAGCUACAUGAAAUUAUGAACCUGUGCGUUGAGGAAACACCAGAGAAGAGGCCUACGGCGUCUUGCCUCCGACAACUCUUGGAAGAAGUCUGGAGCACAAAGGGUGAUUCAUUUGUUUGAUCUAACAUACGGAGUGAAACACUUCACAAGUGUAAAAUACAUAUAUUGGUUGAGCUUUUGAAAUAAUCCAAAAAUGUUUGUCCAUCCCUGCAGUACGUAGGGUACAAUCCAUAAAGAAAAGCCAUGUUUAUCUUGUCAAUUACGGAAGAAUGCACUACAACAAAGUGCAUUAGCAAUUAUGCUUUGUAAGUAGUUAAACCUUGUGUAGAGUAUAUUGGUACGAGAUGUAUCACUGACAUCUGUCAGUGAAAAAAAUAGGAAGUCUGAAAAUACUCAUUUGCUUAAAAGCCAUAAUGUAAUUUGGCUAAGAGCCAUAUUUUAUCCAAUUACCGACUGUCUUUUAUAAGACUACAACGCAUUCAGUUUGCGGCAGCUAGUUUUGUCUGCGGACAGUAUGUAAACAGUAUUGACACUAUUCUCAAAUUAGGCUGUUACCUAUGGAAGAACAUGGGCAACUGCACGUUUUGAAGGCCAUGCACAUAGCUAAAUACUGCCAAAAUUAGCCAAGAAAGCUCCAGUAAGUAAGGCAUAACAAGAACUUGUGCUCAUCCAUUUCCAUCAAUUUAGUCAUUCUGUUGGCCUCUAACACUUUCCAGGAUAGCGCGUCAGUUCUUUAUAACUCUUUACCAGCAAAUAUUAAAUCUUGUUGUAAUUUUAAGUCUUUUAGCAGGCGAACGUUAGCUACUCUUGGAGAGCGCUGCCAGACCGGCGCGCAAUAAUCUUUUAGAAUCAGUCUUUAGUUCAAAUAAAUACAUAUUACAUACCUUUGUAGAUAAUUAUGUGAUUUUAUUUUACAUUAAAUUGUUAUAUCAGGCGAAGAGCCAUUUCGUAUGGAGAUAUUGGUUUUAACCAUAAUAAUUGCUAUUAUUGCUAUUAUUGGCAUUGCUCCAUAGCGUUACUUUACGUUACUCAUCGUUCUUGUGGAAUCAGAUUGGUAGAUAAAAGUAGCUCUUGCACAGCUGAUUCAGUUCAAAGAAACCACAUUGCCUUCUACAUUCCUCCAAGUGAAUGUAACACCUAAAUGUAUUCAACUUUUGAUUAUAACAUAAAUCUUCAAGUAGUGUAAAAGAUUGCUGAAACUACGGUAACACUUCUUUAUGACUCACAGAAAUAAGGUGAGCUGGACAGCACGUAAUAAUUUCUUAUUUUGAGAGCAGAAUAAUUCCCUUAGACGUAUUUACACCCCAGAUCGUUACUUUCAUGUGGCGUCUGUGUAUUCUCAGGGCUUCUCCUGAAUAUUCCUUAACUUCAAUACAGAUGAACAAGACCCACAAUGUCCAAUUUUCAGCUGUUAUAAUGCUUCCAUUGAGGCAAAGUUAAAAAGAUAUUCAGCAAAAGCCUUCAAUGCCUUUAAUGUUCACAAUCAUUCUUUAGAUUUUGUUCACACGUCGAGAACAAAGGAAUACAUUUCUCGUGGUUGCUUGAUUAUGCCCUUGUUCUGCCCCUUUGAUGUCACUCUGUAAUCCGAUUCAAAAUUUUUCUCUCUUUCGCGUAAAUUAUUACGCAACAAAGCACUCCGCAAAGGAAAUAGUGGUUUAAUAAUAGAGCUGAAAUUUAAGAGAUCUUAAUUAAAUCGGUAAACACUAUGAUCCUAAAUUCAGACUCUUUCUGGUCGAAUGUCGCUACUUAUUAAAAAAACUGCCAAAAAAAGUUUCAUGCUGUGGAAUUUACUGCACAAUAUUUUUACCUUAGAUGAUUGUGCAUACAUCAAUGGCUCCAUUGCUGGCCGUGGAAUUAUCUUAGUCUCGUCUUGAGUCUCUCACGAAAGAUGUGUUGUGAUGCCAACCAGUCUCAUGAGUAAUAACAGAUCAACUGCAGAAGGAAAUAAAAAUCGUGUCUCUUAAUGUGCGAGACAAUUAUUUUGCAAUAAAUUUACUUGAGAAAGUUUUAAAAUCGUUUCUAUACACCUCUUCCAUACAUGUCGCGCCUCAUUUAAUAUUCAUCUUAAAUUAGUGUUCUCGGCCUAGCUAGCUUAUGUAACGAAAUCAAUAGUUUAACAUCUUUUAAUUAGUUGCCUUAACUUUGGUGGGCACAAUAGAAAACUGAUAUCUUUUUUUUUCACCUAUUCAGUAAUACUUAACUAAUUGCGGUGCAGCAAGAUUACGAAACAAAAUGACCCUGACAAGUUUCCAAGACCACACCGGUGUAAUUCGUCGAAUUAUCUUGCUAUGUAAAGGGCGAUGUUAUCUUAAGUUUCGCCUUCAAUCUCAUGGUAAAAGUGUAGCUGUUCUCUUGAUCUCUAAAAAAAAUUAUCCCUGCUUUAUAUAAAGCUGUAAGCAAGGACACAGUUCUUUUAUUCAAGACAUGCGAAGCUGCCGAUUAAAAGCUUAACUUCCUCUCUUUUGUUUUGUUCAUGAGAUUAUGAUCCUGUUUUCGAGGAUACAAGAAGAAGAGGCCUACAGCCUCUUACAUCCGCGAAACAUUGGAAGAAACCUGGUGCACUGAGGGGGUUUGGGAUACAUGCCUAUGAGGAAACUAAAGAAAAGAUUGAAAUUACCUAUUCAAUCGUAUUUGGUACCGAGGUUGAAAUGGCAUCUUCGAUUUUUCUGAGUAUUCAGUCAGCUUUUUUUUUUCUCUUUCUAACUUGCAUUUAAAAAUAAACUGUUUUCGACGAUUUGCAUAACAUCGAAAAACUUUGCUGCAUUGGGGUUCUCUAUUAUGUUUAGAUCGCUGCAGAAUCAUACAACCAUCGCAUUAAUGCGUGGUUUAUAAUAGCGGUAAACGGAUAGAAGGUCAGAGGUUCAAUUUAAUAUAAUCUAUACAAAAGCUGGACAGUAUAUAUGAUGUUCGUAAGUAUUAAUUCAGAGGUGAAACACCCAAGGCCUUCAAAGAGGAUUGUCGAUCCCCCUUAUGUUUCAGCUUCAUUAGUUUCGAUAAAUCAAUUAGUUGACAAAAAUAAACUAUGAUUAAUUUGAGUCAAAAUGAAAAUAGUAAAACCAAUGAUGAUAAUGAUAACGAUAGUAAUAAUGAUAAAAAUAUGAUAGUAUUAAUAAUGGUAAACUUGGUGUUGAUAUCUUAAAGGCACGAACAUAAAAUUAGUAUCCUCGUGCGAAUCGUUCCUUUUUCUCGAUCUCCGUAAAAUAUAGUAGUCGGAUACGAUUGUAAAACAAUUUCAAAAAGAACCCAUCUUUAUGAGCGCCUAUAUUGUGAACCCAAUGACUGAAAAUGUCUCUUGAAAGGGUCCUUUCCUGUCAUUUAAUACAAUAACGAUGAUCAAUUUGACCUCAUUAAAAUUAAUCAAGUAAAAGUAAUAUCGCUUUUCAUCUUGUUGGUGAACACGGUUACCUUGACGAUUUUGUUCGCAGCCCGUGUGAAAAGUUAUUAAUAAUAGUGUAUACAGCAUGUAGCAAAGACAUUAUAUUUUCGAGGCGGGAGAAAUUCUGGUAGUUCGAUUGCAUUUUCCUAGUGCAAUUAAAUACAGCAGGACCAAUACAGUUAGGCUAUGAACCACUUCUGCAUAACAAUACUCACAAAUGAGUUGCCAAUAGUAAAGUCCGUAAUCAUGUUCAAUUUGUAGGUAAUACCUCAUGCAAACAGUUAUCUGUCCUUUUCGAUAUUGUUAACUCGAAAUUACAUCUCUUGAAAAUUAUGCUGCCUGCAAAGUUCAUUACCGGAGUAACCCCAAAAACUUUGAACAUAUCAAUUAUUCAUUUAUACUUUUUCGUUUGACUUUAUUUUCAAAUCACGUCUCUUAGAAUAUAUUCUCUCUUUCCAUUCAUAUACACACACAUAUAUUUUUUAUUCACAUAAAGAUAUUUAGUUUCUUGAUAAAUUAGACUUCUAUCAAACAUGAAAACCUUUUAGCUCUGGCAAAAAAAUUAACCUCUGCAAAUUAAAUGAAAAAUGAAACAUUCGCACCCAGCCCAAUACCAUUAAUAAAGACAGGUGAGUGCUUUUAAGCCACACUUAUCCUUGACUAAUGCUGAGCAUGUGCAAAAAGGUAUUUGGAUCAAAGCUCUAGGUGCUAAACCGACCCUGCACUGGAUUUCAGAAUGAAAUAUUGAGGAGGAUUGAAUAGUAAAGAUGUACUUCUAAGGUAACUAUGGCUUUGCAGGAGUUUAUAGAAAACACUUGGUUUACGCGAUGAAAAUAUUGACAAAAAAGUCAGCAUCUCCAAAUAGUUUAUAUUGGCCUAGAUUCAUCGAAUAGAAUACGAUCGCGCUCCCAAAGGGGACUUCAAAGUAUAAUGACCGUUUGCACGACCAGCUUAGUUUCACAAGUGACCGAUUUAAGGACUCUUUGAUUCAUUAAAAGGGGUACAGUAUCAUAUGUCUCACCAUUCCGAACGAUUCGGAAUUUGUUAUUCUUUAUCUUUGCCGUGAAUUGGCCUUGCUUGGGCCAAUCCGGAAAAUAUAUUUCAGAAAUAUGCCUCUCCUUAAUGCACGGAACGUAUGCGGUAUUCAUAAGGCAGUCGUGGGUUAAUUAUACUUAGUUUAGAGAAUGGCUUUUCGGCAAACGAUCUAGAAUUAGAGCUGCACAUAAUGCUUGAACGAGCAAUUGAUCUCUAAUAAGUGGAACCUGUUCCAGGUAAGUACUAACGGAAGCGAUCCACAUCUAGGUUUAUAGGCCAAAAGGUUGUGAAAUCGAGCUUUUGUCGUCUAACAAAUUAUGGAAGCGAGCUUCAUGUUUAACUAAGCUGAAACGAUGCUCUUUUCGGAUGUUGUUGUUGGUCACUCUGCUUUUUUCAUGACUGAAACUUUGCUGUUUCUUGUAGAAGCGAAACGUUCUUACUACACUAAAACUUACCCUUUUUGUAACUUAAAAACCUGUAUUUCAUGGAAACUUCAUGAUGUUUUGCUUUGGUUUUCAUUUUUUCCUUUCGAAUUUUUUCAAAUGUGAAUUCUAGGAUUACAGGCCCUAGUCAGUCGUUAAACGAUUUUCUUAAUAUGGAAAGAGCCUGAUUUGAAGAUGAAGCCUGUUAAAAUAAAAACUACAAUACGCGAAAUGGGCAUAUACUCUCUCAGACCACGGUUGUAUCAACACUUAAUUCCAACAAUUCGCCGUCUUGUGGCUCAAGAGGAAGAAAGAGGCGCAAAACAUUUGACUCACGAUGAAGCAAAUUAUUUUUUGGUUGCAAUUGUAUCAGAAUGAAGAAAAAUUAUAAAAUUUGACCCUUUCUUUCUUUUCGAAAGCAUUUUUGAGAGAACUACAAUAUUGCUUUACCAAUUUGCUACUUUAAGACAGAAAAUACUGCUUUACGUUUCGCGGGAACGCAACAACUGCUUCGUGUUGGACUUAUCCAUUACUUUUUUUUCUUUCUUAUCUUUUUCGCUUUUUUUUUUUUUUCUGAUUCUUUUUUUUCGGUGGGUAUGCUUAUUGUUUUUUUCGAUUUUUGUUUUUUAUUUAUACUCGCCAAAUACUGUUAACUUUCCAGUUUCUCGCUCGUCCGCUUUUUGAAGUCUUACUGCCGGUCGUGUCGCCUCGUUGUUUAAAUACCUAGUGCUUACAGAAGAGCUCCGUAGCAAUAUUUUUAGACGCUUUUUCAUUUAUAUGGAACUACGUUAGCUCCUAAAGUAGGAGAACUCAGAAAAAGCAUGGAAUCGCCUUGAAAGGAAGGAGGUACCCCAGUACGGUUAAAGUAAAAUAUAUUACAAGAUGAAAAGCCUGACAAAUUGGGAAUCAUUUCCAACGACAUACACGUUUUCUGCUAAAAAAUUCUGCUAAAUUGAGAAAUUUGGGGGGAAAUUGGCUCAAAAAAACCCACAUGGAUAAGAAAGAAGACGAAGAGAAGCGAAGAAGUUUUGAGUGGAAGAAUUAAGUUUAUAAAAUGAAAGGAUACAUUCAAAUACUAAAAUGUUAUCAAUCGAUGCUUUCUGAGACUCCAAUUGAUGCUCGCAAGUGUUACGUAAUGUACGAUUCUCGCUUGUGCAAAAAGCAAUUCAGGAUAUUUUUUUUAUGUAAAUGCGCAAAAGAUCAAACGUGACUAGUUUGUCACUUGAAAGAGCAGCUGCAAACAUUCAAAUUAUUAUCAGUCAAGCCGAAUUGAUUUUUAUUUUUAAUUUCACAAUUCUGAUGUAUCCUUUGAUGCGUCUUCAAGUGCUCUUUGCCCUCCAACUUAACUUUUAGUGCAUGAAGCGUCAAUCAUUCGACCCUCUUACAACUUAUCCUAAAGAUUGUAGUAGUCAAUACCUAGUCAAGGGUCAGAAGACAUCCUGGGAAAAUCGAUGGUGUUUUAGUUGUCGAAGCCAUUAAGCACCCUCUUUUAAUUUUUUUCUAUACUUACAGCUUCAUGACUCCAAAGUGCGUGAUUAUCCACCCACAUUCAAUUAAACAAAAGAUAUUGCGGUUAAUUUCCAUUAAGACUCUGACAGGCUGACUCUCAGCUCAGACCUCGCCCCUGCAUAUCAUUCGUAGCAUCUUAUCUCUGUUUCUCCACUUCUCUGCCGACUCAUAUUUUUACUGCAUCUUGCUUAGUUGUGCCAUUGGGUCUCUUUAACCGUCACAUUUAUCGAAACUUUCUGCUUCCCUGACGUUAUCGGAAAUUGUUGGCCAUUAGUGCCAUACAAGUGGUGAGAAUACUUCAUUGGGUUUAGACUUCAGAGAGAAUAAAGUUUCCCUCUAUUUCUCUUUCAGCGAGUGCAUUAACUGCCCAGAAAUGGAGCUAUUUCAUGGGUCGGAGUGCCUUCUUCGGCUUGCAAUUGUCCUUCUUGUCGUAGAAGGCUGCGCUUCUCAAUACCUUAAAGGUAAGAUGACCUACAAUGAUUUUUUCCCCCGAAACUGAUUCAGUUUUGAAAUAUUUUAUGGUGAAUUUCCUAAUAAUUCUUAGGUAUCUAUGUCCGUUUUUAUUCAUUUCUCUUUUUAAGUCCGUGUAUCUGAUGUUCGAACUUUCGCACGGACAUAAAAAAUUUGACAUAUACUUUGACCAAUAGUAUAUUUCUCAAAAUUAGCGUGAGAAAAAAAUAUCCCCACCGUUUCUUUAAACGAGCAGGUUUAUGUAUUUUCAAGAUAAUUUUAACUUGGAGUCUUUUACUGUCAGCUUAAAGAAACAAGGGCUAAAGUUAUUUAAUUUUAUCUAUAGUAUCGAGAGUUUCUAUGCUUUUCUACUUCACAAAUGUAAUAUGGAAAACAAACUUAAUUUUCCUAGGUUGCUCUAUUUGCCACUUAGACUUGAUAGAUUUGUAGAAUUAAUUUUUAGGUAUUUUUUGGAGAUCUUCGACUACAUAAAUGCAGGAAUAUUUACAAAACAAGAUGAGAAAAUUUUCAAAAUAAUCAGAUUUCUGCUAGACUUAAUGUACAUUUGAAAUUUGUUCUCUUUUCACCAAUUUGCAUUAAGUCAUUUUGAGAUUAGUUAGCUUGUGCAGCUGUCUUCUUUUCCGAUUUUAACUUUAAACACCUGGCCAUUCCAUCUAACAUCUCUUAACUCAAAGUCACCGAGCGACGGACACCCUAACACUCAAUUAACCAGAAUUAACCUUACACUGUACAUUAAUUUUCAGUCUCUAUUUGGGUAAAAACUAUUGUCUUCAGUUUCUCGAGGUUCAUUCGACCGUCCUCCAUUUCAACCAGCUUUUGGGGCAACAAGCUAUUAUGAAAACAAGACAUACCGACAUUUACAAAUUUAAGAGGAAAUUAAAAAGCAAAUUUGUCCAAAAGUGACUGAUUGGGAUGUGCUGUGUAGGUGUGUUUGCUUUACGUAAAAUCCAGAAUUAGUUUCUACAUCCUGGGUCUCUAUUUUCAUUCCAGGAAAAUGUACCUUCGACGAGAAUACGUUCUGUAGCUGGUAUAACGAAAGAUACACCGACCAUUUUGAUUGGUCUCUCCGCCAAGGAAGUUCUCCCAAAAGUCGAACAGGUAGAUGGAUAAAUCCUUUCAUAUACUGUGAUCGCAUGAAGAAUAUGAAUAAAUAUAUAUACAUAUAUAUUCCCGUUUUCAAAAGCGUUGCAAUUUUGAAAAAAGUUACCCUAACCCAGGCCCUAAGAAAUAUCUAGAAAUUUUGUUUUCUCAUCAAAAAGUGUCUCAUUCCCGCAGCGGAGUGACUGAUAUCGAUUAAGGGUGCGAUAUGAUAUAUAGAAAUCUGCGAUAAUAAUCGGUCGAGACCACUGGAACGCAAGUCAUUUUGGCUAAAUCUGUGAUCAAAUGAACCAUUUAAAUGACUACUCUCCAACGUAGAGUGAUGUUUUGAGUAAUGAUAUUGGAAAACUCCCUCGAAAUCCCCUUUGAAUUAGAAUAUAAGUAUUUACUUGCCGAUGGGAAAAUGUACCAUUUUUUUUUCAAAGAUACAGAAGCAUAUAUCUAUAUCGAAACGUCAUCUCCACGUAUGUAUAGUGAGAAAGCCAGGCUGAACAGUCCCUGGAAGACAGGACCCCAGAGGAUGGAGUUUUUCUACUCUAUGUAUGGCAGUACAAUCGAGACCCUGUCUGUGUAUGUAAAAAUUAACGGCAGCGAAUAUAGGGUAUGGAGUCGCUAUGGAAGCCAGUUAUCAAGCGACUGGAUCAAAGGCUGUGUGACUUUAAACUACCGAGGAACUUAUCAGGUAAAAACUUCUUUUUCUUCUUAGUUGUUUUUUGUUGGUUUGUUUGUGUGUUUUUUUGUUUGUGGCUGCUUUUUUUUUUUUUUUUUUUUUUUUUUGGGGGUGGUUCCUUAAGAUAAGUUAUCUGUGUUAGUUGGCUUGCAAGAGCAUUUUCGAACUGUAGAAAGUAUAUCGCCAAAUAUAGUGAUUCAAGUUCGAAUGCGAUAUACUUUUUUUCCUCUGAAUAAAACUAAUCGCCAUCUUCUUGACUUUCAAACUUGUUGAUAAGCUUGAGACCUCCUCUUUCCGUAAUAAUCUCCCCCUCUCCUAUUAAUGAAACUAUCGAUUAGUGUGGCAAAACCAGGCAUCCAAUAAGUGUUUGAUGUCAAUAUUACAAGGCAUGUAUGGAAACGGAAAAUUUUCUCCCGAAAAACAUAGCUUUUGUUUUUAUUAUAGUACGGAAGACUAAUUGCAUUUUGAUUAUUUGCAUAUGUUUAUUUUUCUCAGGUUAUAAUUGAAGGAGUAGCAGGUACAUCGAAUGCCUCAAACAUUGCCGUUGAUGACGUCAGCUUCAGCAAAAACCUAAGUUGCGUUUCCGAUGGCAAAAUCACACCUGAGGAAACAUUUGAAGGUAAAGACCCAGUCUAUCGCAUGAAUAAUGUGUAACAUUUACCGAAAAAAAGUGUCGAAAACAGCUACGAGUACUACAGGUUUUAUUUUGCCUCCUUUGUGCAAAGAACGUGGUAAUCCAUGACAAUCUGCAAUAAUUAACAGGCAAUACAACAUAUGUUAAAGAAAGUUUUACCAGUAAUAUAAUUUUGUAAUGAGAUUUUCUGUGCACAGAUUAACAGCAUAAAAGUUUUUCGAAUCGAAGAAUUGACAAGUAGAAAGACGAUUCUUAAGUUCAUUCAGGACUGCUUAAACUGUGCUUCAAUUUGAUUACUCUAGUGAACUGCACCUUCAAUGGAGGCUUUUGUGGGUGGCGUAGCUUGUCAUUGUCAUCUGAUCAGGUCAGCUGGAAGAGAGCGGGCAACAAAACUGGACAGAGUGGAGAUUUUGGUGGUAAGAAAAACCUCUCGGAGGGACCUUAUUUCUUAUUGAACUCAAAGAGAUUUUGGAGCUGAACGGAGUUCACGAGUUAGCCAAUUCCCCUCCCAUUCAGUUAGUGCUCGAGAUAAAUUUUGAAAGGUGCAGGUGAACAUCUUUUUAACUUGAACUCUGUGAUAACACUUUCUUGACAUUCGUUUACAAUUUCACUCAAAGGAAACUUCAUUUACACUUCUCGACCUUUCAAAGAAAAUCAGUCCACCCAUUUAUUGAGUCCUCUUAUGCUGGGACCAAAGUGUUUUCGCUUCUCAUAUCACAUGUCUGGGUGGAAUGUUGGAAGACUUGAUAUCUUGCUUCAAGUUCGUAGUCAGCAAGGGGAUUACUUGAUGUGGAAGAAAACAGGAGAUCAGGGAAAUAGGUGGAUACAAGGUGGCAUUGGUAUCGGCUACACCGGCGAAUUUCAGGUAGAAAAUAAAAACCUGGAAGAAAAUUGCCAGAAAAAAGAGAUUUGGUCCUGCACAGCCAUAGAAUUAUUCUUUACCGGAAUCAUUAAACUUUCAUUAUGGUACACACGAAGGAAUCUAUUUUUACUCCUUUGCAAGUCCAUUGCAGGUAAACAAAUUUAAUUGGUACUCGGUAUCGCAGAGGUCAUGGGUUCAAAUCCCGUACAGGCCUGAAUUUUUUUUUCAGGCCUUAUUUUCACUACUGCCUAAGUAGUACACAUUACUGCGAGGAUCACUUUCAUUAACGUCUUUAUCCGCAGUUCAAAUAUAUGACUUUCAUAUAUUCUUAACCAUUUACAAUGUCUAUUGUUACAGAUUGUGUUUAAAGCAACUCCUAACAAAAAUUACACAAGCCGUAUAGCGUUGGAUAGCUUCAUAUUAGCUGAUGGACUGUGUGACGAUGAGAAUGAACUUGACAGCAGUCAACAAGGUUUUCAACUCGUAUCUAUCGUAUAUGAUCAUUCUUACACAUCUCAACUACAGUUAUUGUAGCUUCUGAUAUCUAUGUGAUGUUCUAAAUGCAGAUCACGGUUUUUAGGCCUUCUUCGUAUUUGAAACCUAACCGUUACUUUUCUAGGUAUCUUUCAGCAUAAUUUUUCUCUUUAGGCCGCUUUCCAUGAAUACUUUUUUUCUUUUCAGACAACGCUCACAACAUUGGUUAUAUCUUUAUACCGCAGGAAACUGCAACUUUGACCAGAAUUUUUGCUUUUGGAAGAAUGAUUUGAAUUCCAUUUUCAAAUGGACUCUUCGAGGAGACAGAGCACCCAAGUAUCAGACCGGACCCAGCGGUGAUCAUACUUCAGGUACGAUCGAUUCAUUAACAUUUUACUUAUUGUUUUUUUUAGUUGAAGAAUUAACCAAUCUUCAGUUGUCAAUUAGUGAUACUUUGUUUGCCAGACCAGCUAGGUAUGGAUUAGUUUUUUCGCUAUUUUUAACAACAAAAAUUAGACUAGGAUGCCUUGUUUGUAGAGAAUACAUAAUGGAUAGAACGUAUCAUUAGUGGAAACUUAUUGAAAGUGUAUUUUUCAAUCGCAACCCUUUAAGAUGGCUUUAGUAAACAAAAGUGGAAUUAAAUGAGGAAAAUCAGAUGAAACAAGGGGGAAAGUUAUUUAAGAGUUGUCCAGGCUCAUCGGUUACCUUCUAGGUUUCAUUUUGAUGUUUGGACUCAUUUUGCAUUAUGAUUUUAUCAUGAUAAUGAUAUAUAUAUAAAUAUAUAUAUAAAUAUUAUGAGAGGAAAAAAGGACGCAACUACAUUUCCCGACAAGCCUGUUUCGUGAAUCGCUUCCCAGACUUCCUAUAUAUAUAUAAAUAUAUAUAUAUAUAUAAAAUGAUGAUUAUAAUGAUAUUUUAUUAUUAUAAUAAUUUGGAGUUGCUUGAUUCAGGCGCGACUGUUUACUUUCCUUUCUAUCUAGGCACUGGCUUGUACAUUUAUAUUGAUGCUUCAAGUCCUCGCCAGCCUGGAGACACCGCGAGGUUGACAAGUCCAUGGAUGCGGGGACCACAGUGUAUGACCUUCUUCUACCAUAUGUUUGGUUCAAACAUGGGUUGUGUUGUUAUGUACAUAAGAAUCCAGGCUGCAGAGAAGUUACAACCAAUAUGGUUGCGGUCGAAGGAUCAAGGAGACCGUUGGACACAAGGGAAAUUAAACAUUAAAAGCAACCUAACGUAUCAGGUAACAUGAAUGUCUCGACAUUUCAUUCUAGCUCUCUGUUCUGUUGUCCUUUCCUGUAUAGCGUUAGGCCAACCAUAACAAAGUGGCAGGUUCAUAAACCCGAUUCCACAUAUUAUUUUAGUAAAGAAGCCGUGAUGUCAUAUUCAGGUUGAAUUAAGGAAUAAAAGAGGCUGAGCACACGACAACCCAGCAGCUCAUAUUCAAAACUGAUUCGCAAAAAAAAGGCAGCUUAUGUAUCAUCUGGUAGUCAAAAUGGUAAGUGUCUUUUUUUGCAACGUAUUGUAUCAUCAGUCUCUAUUUUGUGCCUUGCUCUAAAAGAUAAUCAUUGAUGGCAUCAGAGGAGGUGGUGACUCAGGGGAUGCAGCCCUGGACGACUUCACCUUUCAAAAAGGACCUUGCCGGCAAAUAGGUACAAAAGAGAAAUUAUUCCUGAAAAUAGACAUUUAUUUGUGUCAUUAUCAAAUUUUGGUGUGUUCCAUAUACACUGAGUUCACACAUAGAUUUGGCCAAGCCUAAAAGCGGAGCUCUUGUUAGUUUAUUUUCUAACCCUUCAUUACUCUGAAUAAACACUGUAAUAAACUCCCCAGCGCUGGCUGUAGAAGAUUUUCUUCAAGGACCAGUCGGGGGAUGGGGAGGGUGGGAAGAAUUGACGAGGUCUGGAACCUGGGGAAGAUGUUCUCACAACUUGCAAAGCGAUCAACACGCAUGCUAGUCAGCGGUAUCUUCAAUCAGCUUAGGACCUUAGUUGUUGUUCCUAAUGUCUUGAGCAAAUUUUCGAAGACAAGGAAUGUUUGCUUCUCCAGAUAAAGUGUACAGUGUCAGCAUCAGUUGACAUUUUAUUCUAUUGAGCGUGACUUAUAAUUUCGGUUUGGGAAAUUGAGCCAAAAUUGAAAGAAACGACGGUAAACUACUUCGCGUUAAAUCAGUAAAACAAUGCGCCAAAAUCGUAUGGGCUUCUCUUAUAUCUUCUCUUGAAGUUGCUAGGUAUGAGUGCUUGCCCCGCCGUUUUUCCCUUUCUUGAAACACUCUAUGUUGAAGGAAACUUUAUAAUGAGUGUUAAUUGUGACAGAAACGAAAACAUCCGUGAAGCUAUAAUAACAAUUACCUUUCCACGUAAACAACCCAAAAAUGAAGUAUGAUAUGAGUAAAUUAAAUCUCACUCAGUUUGAAUGUAGAAUCCAAAAUCUAAUUAAUUCACUGGUGAAUAGGAAAAGGCUCAAUGUGUUUUUCCUGCUUCUGUCAUUCUAAAUAUCACAAAUCAAUCACUACACCACUUAAGUGUGAUUUUUUUGAUGAUGUGUACUUUUGUAGCUUAUGGAUAUGUAAUUUCUUGUAUCUACCUUUUACCAGCUGACAUCUGAUAAGAAUCAAGUCCACAAUGGUAAUUUGACACAUUUGUAGGCAAACCCAACAAUUGAUUAAACUUUAAUUGAUCGAAAACAUGAAGCCGGGGCAAUAGAGGAAAUUAGCUGGCACAAUUCAAUUUCCCUUCUAAAUAUUCUUUGUUGUUGUUGUUUUUUUUAUCAAGUUUACAGUUUCCCUCAUUUUAUUGUCUUCUGUUGAUUGGUUUGUCUGCUUUACUGACAAUCUUAACUAUUGUUGCCAACUAUUGCGAAAAGCAUAUAGAAUGUUUAUAGUUAUUAACCCUUUAAUCCCUAAGAGUGACUAGCUUAUAAUUUCUCCUUUCAAUAUUACCUCUGAAUCAAACAUUAAGGUCAUGAGAAUUAAGGAAAUGAUAAUCAGUUGAAGAAACUCUUGAUUGUUAAACAAAUACUCCUUGCUCCAUUGAAGUUAAGAUGACUUCAUGAUUCAGAUUUUAGUCAAAGAAAUGUGUAAUAUCUCUUUAUAAGGAUGAAAAGGAAUGCCGUUUAUGAGUUUUAAAAUAGUAAAUGCCAAAAAAAUUUAAAAUAUUAAAUUUAACAAAAAAAAAACUAAAAUAUGGCGUAUAUAUUCAAUGAGAUUUUAAUCAUCAACUGACACACAGAGAUAUAUAACAGGCUUUUUAAAAGAAAACCAGGGCAUAAAAUUAAAUAUUCAGGAGAGGCAUAUGACAUAAACUAGCAUACUAAUGUUCUCACCUGAAUCAAACGAGGAUUGGGAAAGAAAUGUUUGAAUUGUUCUGAGCCUUAGCAUAAGAGAAAGCCCAGAUAACACGACUUACCGCCUCUUCUUUCUCGGAUCUUUUUUGGUUCGCUUCUCUUUGUUAAUGAGCUCUUUUCAGUCUGUUUUCUGGAGCUCUUUGUAUUUCCUUCUCAAGUUGCUCUUCGCUAGAUAUUCUCCUUUUACUUAUUCCUUUUCGUACUCUUUUUCUCGUUCCUCUCGCCGUAUUCUGCCUAUUUUAGCGUUCCUUCGAACUUUCUUGAGCGUUUUUCUCGACUCUCUUUAUGCCUUUACUUCUUGCUUUCUUCGGUCGCUCUGUCUCUUUCUUUCCAGCCUAUAUCUGCUCAAAACCCUUUCUCCACGAACUUAAAUUAUAACAAUUUCCUCCGGUUGACAAAGCUAUAGCUUUAUCGGUAUUGUUGCUUUGCAAGUUGAUUAAAAAUUGCGAGAUACUGAGAAUUAUUGUUUAACUACAACCUCACCAGUUUGAUUUCCCGCUCAAAACGCGUGUUGCAAAUUAUUUGCUUAUGCGGCUUCGCUUCUACUAGCCCACGUGAAGCCCUCGUGUAAUGCCUAACCGUGUGCCCGCGGUACGCUGCACGAAAGCUCGGCACUCGAGUCUGCGUACUUCAUUGUCAUCUGCCGGUGUCUCCUGGCGCACACUAAUGGGUUAUUCUAGUUACGCACGCAAUCGCGCCUGCGCAUUACCUUUUCCUUCGCCCUUCCAUUAAGUAAUGGCUAAGAUAGUGCACGCAAUGCAGUUGGCCACGCAUGCUAAAAGCGGUACCUUGUACGGUCGGUCGUACGGUCGCAAGUUCAAAUUUUUUCGGCUUGAUGGGUUACUACCACGAGCUCCGCCAUAGCUGUAAAAUUUUUUUAUACAAAGAUGAAUCACACGACGUUUAUAACAUCCCUAAUCUUAUUGGGACCUCCUAUUACGUUCUGUAGAGAGAGUAUCUUUGUAUCUUUGAUGAAAAACCUUUACCACAUGAUGAUUUCAAUCUGACUGUUAACCUAUUUCAAGAAUAGUGACCCUUACUCUUAUUCUUCAAACGAAUUUUAAAGUUUUUUUGAAUAUCCAUAAGAAAUAAUGAUAACGCCCGUCAAAAUUAAAGAAGCUCAAGAUGACUACUCUACCAAUGUCAGAUGAGUAUGAGUGGUUGAACUACAAACCCCUACGUUGAUAAUGAUGAUACCUAUCUAACGAUCUGUUUUGCUUUUAUCUUUCAUUUAAGAUGAAACUACGUAUUACGUUUCGUCGUAUAUGGGUAAAGAUUUUAAAAUAUCCUCUCGACCUUCUGAACACAGUCUUUACUCCGAAGAAUUCCGUUUUACUCUCAAACAUCCAAGAGGACUUCUAACAGAAACCUCGUAUUUCAUCUACUCUGAAGCAUCCAGGAGACACGGUUUCGUUGGGGAAAAACUAGAUUUGUCUGACCAUGAUAACUAUCCCUUGGACGUGGUUGUCCUUAGUGACAACGGACCGUCUCACAAAUGCAGGACGAUUUAUUUCAUCAACAGGGAUAACAUGGGACCAAUGAUAAGCCUGGACGAUUACAGCGCCGUGGAUUGUUGCAAAGGAAAAAAUAAAUUCUCUCUUUGUGCUUUCAAUGUUACUCAACCAGGUAGGAAAAUUAACCGCGCGUUGUACAUUGUGAACGAUUUUAUAUAAACAUUUUUUACCUUCGGUGAUGGGGACUCAAAAGAGGCUUGCCUGGGUAAUGCACUAAGCUUAAGCUUAAGACUACCUCUUCUCGUCAGCGUGAGGUUCCAUGUUGUUCCCCAAGUUUUUUUUCUAUAAAACUUGAGAUAAUGUGUAGCAUGAAAAUCGGUACUAGGGGCAGAGCUGAGUAACGUCUACGCAUGCGUUAAGCUUUGGCGCGGAAACCUGAUUUUGAGUCGUUUGCAUGUUUGGUUUUCCUACUAUUACUUCGAGGUGUUUUUUAACCUUGGCGUUUUAUUUUUUCAGAACAACCUCCAAAAAAUUGUUCACCCCUUAACAUUUUCGAAAAUACAAUUUCUCCUUUAAAAAAAACCGGAGAUUGGAAAAUGCAUUCAACGCGACAAAAUGCCUCGGUUUUAAAUACCAGCUCCUUCUUUUCCCGCAAAUUUCGCUGAAUUUUUUUAAUUUUUGCCCGCGUUACUGACCGCUCUGCUGAUACUGGGCACUCUUUGGCAUUAAUUUGCGUCCCUUUAAGGUAAGUCAAGAAUUUGCAGGGCUUUCACUCGGAUGGUUCCAUUCACUUGGCUUAUCAAAAAAAUAAAUAAUGAUAAUAAUAGGAAAGUAACUAAGAAAGAAAGAAAUAAAAAAUUACACAAAAGUUUAUAACAUUUUUAAUUUUCUCAUGUUCUGAAAAUGGUAAAAGUUCUAGGUAUUAGUGAGGCAACAAUAUAAUAUUUUAUAAUUUAAUAAAAUAAUAAAUGUCGUCUAACAACGUUUUCAGCUUAGAGAUUGUCGGAUAAAUGAAUAUUUGGCCGAGAAGCGAAUCUUCGAAAGAAAUAUUUGAAGAAUAUCUCACAGCCAAGGAUAUGGCUGUCAUAUUAGCAGUGCGGAUAGAGGUCAAUUUAUUUCAUAACCCUCCUUUUAUAUUUCAAACUGCUCUAAAGACACUAGUAAAAAGGCCAGUGUUGAUCGAAUUGUCGAUAACUAUUUGCGACUAGGUUUUUAAUAUCACCAUCAUCGACUCUACAAAACAAAAUUGCUCUUCUUCCGUAUGAAGUAAUGCACAUGAAUAGGUGAAACUUUUGAGUCAACGCAAAACGGCGGUUAUUACGCGAUAACUGUCCGGUGAUUUUUAACCACGUGACGUAACAUGGCCGAUAAAACUGCGCAGAAUUAAUGAUGGGUGAUAAUGGUUGAUAUGUCAAAAAAUAAAUUUCUAACCCAACUCUGUAUUACUAUGUAUAUCUAUCAGUAAAGUUACUGCUUGAAUUCUCUCGCCUCAAAGCGUUGUAAGCAAUUGGGAAAUUGUUUCGACCCGUUGAUGCUACCUUCAUUUUAACAAAAAGCACAGACCCAAAGAAAUAAUAGCUGGUAAAGUAGAUGAGCAACCUUAAAAGAGGGUUUUGUUCAUUUGCAGAUAAUCGUUUGAUUUCUGGAUGUCAGCCUGGUUGGUACGGAGUAGGAAAAUCUUGUUUCAUGUUUUAUUUUGAAUCACCUCGGGAGUGGCGCCUGGCGCGAACUUUGUGCCACGAACAAAAUAGCGAAAUGGCCACUGCCAAAAGCGUUGAUGUACUGAAAGUCCUUGCCAAUCGGAGGAAACAUCUACAAUCCCAAGAUCUCGAUCUUUUUCUUGGGCUAAAGAGCAAGUUACGCUGGACUUGGGUAGACGGCGAAAAGGUGUCAGAUUCGCAAAAAGCUUUGUGGAGGCCUACCGAACCGAGUGGUGAUGGCUACUGUGGAUCUCUCCUGAGUUUUGUUAGUUGGGAUUCAACUUGGCGUGGGUAUGGAUGGGGCUUGAAUGACGAGCUCUGCACCGGUCUCAGGACAUAUAUUUGUGAGGAGCCACUGGGUACGUUUCUCAACAACGUAUGAUGAUAUUUUCUAAUAGAUAAAUUUACUUGAAUUGUACCUGAAUUGAGGAUAUUUUCGAAGACAAAAACAGCUAUACAGAUUAAACCUUCAACAUAACCCCACUGCGUUUCCUUUAAACUUUUUUUUAAAGCUUUAGAUAUAAUUGGUUCUGUUUCAAGUCAAGUUGUUAUAUUGACGUUGCCGGUAAGCUUUGCUCAGAAAUUGUCUCACGACAAAUCCAAUUGAUGAACUCAAGCGAUUACUCUGCAGUUUAUCUUGUUUCAGAUGUGUUUAAUUGAGCUUUAAGGGUGUUAAAUUAUGUCGUUUAUCGCAGUAUUAAGAGUGUCCGAGUAAUUUUUUUUCUUCUGGUUCAAGAUGUUCCUCUCCCUGUAGCUCUCUUCUUCAUGGGUGGUAUUAACAAAAGUGUGGACCUGAGCCCUGGUGGAGCUAGCAAUGCUGUGUUCAGUGACAUCACCUUGGCACCGGGUCCUUUUGGAAAUCCAAAUGGUUCCUUGUUUUUAGGAACUAGCAAUAGCCAUAUGGAAUUGGAAAAUCGCGGAGAAAUUGAUACAAGGUUUUCUAUAAGUGUAUUUGCUUGGGUGCAUAUCAGUAAUUCUAGCACUGGUCAAAUAAUAGAUUACGGUUGCUCGAUGACGGUCUUCCAUUCAACGCUCGGAGUUGAAGCACUUUUUAAGGAACGGGACAGUUCUAAGAGUUAUCUCCUGCAUAAGAGGGGCGUUCUAAAAGCAAACUCUUGGAAUUUCAUCGGCGUUACGUAUGACUACUUCAGCGGUAUUGCAACUAUGUGGGUUAACGAGAACAUCGUAAUGCGAAAAUUUUUGUUUGCUAAAAUGGAGUUAGCGACUCAUGGGAAUAUUAUUGUUGGAGCCUCCAAAAAUAGAAAAAUGCAAUUCCGUGGCAGGAUUUCUUGCUUGCAGUUUUAUGAACAAGCAUUAUCUGUGGAUCAAAUCAUGAAGGUUAAAAUACGAUGUAAUAAAACUGGUAAGUGGGUUUAAUUUACUUGUCAGUCACAAUGCCCGCAGAGCUGUAGAAAAUACAGUUAAAAUCGAAAAGCGCAGCAGCGUAAGAUACUCAAUAGAAAUAAAUGAUAAGCCAACAAUGUAUCUCGCUUAAAACAUCGGUAAACCUCAUCUAAGAACUUUUUUAGCCGUUACAUUAUUUUAUAAGGUUCAUCCGUAAUUUUUGUUUCGAUAAUUACAUUCUUUUUUCAACGCAUGGAAGUAUCUACACCUUCAGUGGAAUACAGAAGUGUCGGAUGCUACGCAGACAAGCCUCAUCGAGCAAUUCCAACACUUGAAGGAGUAGACCCUAUCGCUGCCGAGGACUUCCGCGUGCGUACGAGAUCGAUUGAAAAGUGCGCCCUUGCAGCUCGAAAAAGAGGAUUCACUAUGUUUGCUGUACAAUAUGGCGGGGAGUGCAUGACCAGCGCAACGGCAGAACAAACUUUUAAUAGAUAUGGCGAGAGUAAUCAAUGCAAUGCAAAUGGAAAAGGAGGAUCAUGGGCAAACAAUGUUUACAUCAUUCGAGGUUUGUAAUGAUACCAUAUUUUACAUUGAAAUGGGAGUCAAUGAUGUAACGGUAAAAUUCCACGAGUUCGUUUGCGUAAUAUAUAUUUUAGUGACUGGAACUUACACUUUUACUGGCUUGGAAUUUGUGAGUCAUAAAACACGGUAGUUAUUAAUUUUCGGAAAACAACUUCUCCUGAAAUGAUUAUAGAAUUUAUGGUUUAUCAAAUUUCAUUUCAAAAGUACAGUCUAGCCUGAGCAGGGAUUGUUUGUUUUUGCUUUUGUUAUGUUUUUAUUUUUCUCGAGUAGUCGAAUAGAAACUCUUCAGUCAUUUUCCAUUUGUUCGAACAUUUUGGGUGUAUUGGAUAUGCAGCUGGAUUUUUCCCCUAUGAUCGAUUACUAGUUAGUUGUAGCUCAUGUUUGUCAUAGAGUGCACGUUUAGAAAUGUCCCUUUUUUAACGGCUUUGCGUGAUAGUUAAAUUGCUUAAACUUUAAAUAGAUUAUAUUGAUGUUGGAUGCUACGAGGAUCGCUACUCGCGUGCAAUUGCAUCACUCGAACGAAAAGAUCCGCUAUUGACAGGAGGGCACAAAAUACGCAAGAACUCUAUCGAAAAAUGCGCUAUAGUGGCUCGCAAAAGGGGCUUCCGCAUGUUUUCAGUUCAGUAUGGUGGGGAGUGUUAUGGCAGUGCAACAGCAGAAAAGACUUUUGAUAGAUAUGGCAAGAGCGAUAAAUGCGAAGGUGAUGGAAAAGGAGGAACUUGGGCGAAUCGUGUCUAUGCUUUUCAAGGUUUGUCACUGAAUUUAUUUACUUAUUUUCAUUCAGUUUCUAAGUUGAGAUGUAAUCAGGUAAUUUGACAUUUUAUGUCAAGACUGAUACCACUUAAUCUUUGGUUCCCUGUUUGACGCUUAAAUCUUCGCUGGGAUCUCUAAUGUUUUUACAAAAGGGUUGAAGAUAUCAUUGAAUGAUAAUAGUACAGUUACUCUCACUUUAUUAGCUCUAGGUUGCCGUUGAUAUUUGAAUUAACAAAAAAGGCAAAACAAAGAAACAAAAUGAAUCAGAUAAUUUAAUUUUUUCUCGUAGCGUCUACUUCUUGGUGCAGUCCCAGCUUUUUUCCAUUUCAUGGAGGUUGCUUUUCCUUAGAUACCUUCACCAAAGUAAACUGGAAGCAAGCCUUGGAAAAGUGCAAUUUUAAAGGAGGUACCCUGGCAAAGAUUUCAAGUGAAGGGUUGAGACGUGCUCUCUCCGUUGUUUUAGAAGGAUUCAGAUCCCAGCGACCGAGUCUUUAUAACUAUUUCAUUGGUAUGAGGGGCCACUAUGAUGACUGGAUGUGGUUUGAUGGCACUUCUUUGAACGAAUCGUUGUGGGUGUCAGGAUAUCCAACGAGGGACGUUGACAAUCUAGGCUGUGCUUAUCUUUCGGCUGGUUUAUCCAAAAUAAAGAAUGGUGUCUGCAAGUCACAUAGAUACCCUUUGUGCCAGAAACGAUCGGGUAAAUUGCAUUAUGCUUAGCAGUUAUAAGCAGAUCUAGGAGACGGGCGUUCUCUGGUCAAGUCUAAAACCUUCUGAGAAACACGAAAAAAACAGUGUCAUAAUCAAUAACGGGAAAUUAAAGGAAAACAACUUUUCAACACUCUCUUUUGGCAUAUUUAAAUUUCUUUUUCGGGCAAUGACAUUAGAGUUUUCAAAGGCUUUAGACCUUAAACUGAACGUUUGCGUUCUAAUCAAUGUUUUGAAUGGAGAAUACCUUUUUAUCAUGUCAAGAUAAUGUUCAACCACGUUUUCCCUUCUAUUCAGAUGGGUGCAGUUUGCUUUACUUUCACUGCACACUGCUUUAUUUCUGUCUCGCGCAAGAGGACUUAAACUGAAAGCUGAAAGCUUUCGUUGUAACACAUGUUUUCAAUAUAAAACGCUUUUUUAAACCAUUUUCCUCUUCUAUUUGAAUAGUUACAAUUAAAUUGAGCCACUGUUGAAUUCAGGCUUAAGAAGGUUCUUGUUGUUAUUUUUACUAUUCCAUAGAGUACGUUGUACCAUUUUGCUUGGGUUUGGUUUCCUCUUUCGACGCAUUCUUUUUUCCUCGUUAUGACUACUUCCCCUUUUCCCCUCUUCUACUAAUUUCAAGUGUUCCAAAAAUGUCCACCGUAGCAAAUUUCAAUUAUUAUUCGUGGUAUGAUACAUUAAUUUUAACUAUUUACAAAGCUUUUUACUCUGCUUAAGCUAAAUAUGAUUCAAACAUCUUCCAAACUGUGAUGGCGAUGUUCUUUAUUUUUUUUUUGUCAUGCAGAAGCUUCUUUGUCAAAUCGAAGUCAAACCACUUGUUCCAGUGUUUUGCUGCCGUAUGAGUCCUCUCUAGCCAUUGAUAAAUCUUAUACCACCUGCUUUCGUUCGGGAAGGGUAAGAAAUUGUCAUAACAAAUGGAAAACUCUACUGUAGAUGCACUGGAUUUCCUUUCACAUAAUAAGAGGCCAAACAUUAAUUGUGUAUGUAACGAUUGGGUAAACUAAUUGUGAUACUUAUUUCAGUGUCUUAAUGUUUGGUGUGUUGCUUGCUUGCUUUCCGUAAAGUUUUAACAUAACACUUACUUCGGUUCUUCAUUUAUUUAGGAGUCGAACCCUUGGUGGCAAGUUGACCUUGAUAAACAUUUGUACGUAAUCUCUGUGGUAAUCACCGAUAAAGUUGAUUGCUGCCCACGGGAUAACGGAAUGAUCAGCGUAAGAGUAUUAAACAGUCCACACGAUACAGACUCAACCUGCUCCAAAUCGAUGGAAUAUGAUGGAGUAACUCAGCAAUUUAAAUUUUACUGCUCACCACCAGCGCUUGGAAAUUACCUGAAAAUAACGUUGACGGGCAAUAACGUCACUCUUGUCCUGUGCCAAGUUGUCGUGGAAACUAUUGGUUAGUUUUUGGUAGUUUCCUUUUAAUAAAAAAAUUCCUUGUUGGAGCCUUUAAGUACCUGGAGCCUUCCAUGGGGUCAUGUAACUAAGGCCGCGUUACCGAAGCCUUUCAGGAACCAUUGUUUACUCCUGCGGUCAUCGACUCGAUGCAUUUGGGUCGCGAAAAUCAUGUUCAUUUUAAUAGAAUUAGUGCAAACGGCUCAGAUUUCAUAAAUUAAAGCUAUGCCAAAUUCUUAUCCCAUCCUUUAAUAAAUCUUGACAAGCAUAGGAAGAAAAGCCCAUGUUUUUUUUUCAGUUUUCAUACCCAUGCGCGGUCUUAUAUGCCUUCCCCUCCCCUCUUACCGGAAGUAGCAGUUAACACGUUGCAAUGUGUCUAUCCCCAAUAGAGUUGCUUACGGAGGCAAAGGGAGUGCUUCGUGAGACAUGGUAUAGAAUGAAAAAUUACGAAGCUAGGAGCAAAUCAACCAUGCGCGAACAUCCACUCAUUCAAGGUCCGCCUGGAAGCCGGAUAGUUUUGCCAGAUUUUGAUGCUCCUAUCGAUUUGGAAGACAGAUACGCGCAAAGAUUGACAGCUUACUUGCAGGUAAACAUGAAAUAUCCCUAUUUGAAGUGGAGUUCUUCCUGCUUAUUUAAACCUUGCUUCGUCUUUAUUUAGAGAAAAUGAAAACUUAGUCGUUAUUUGUUAGCCUCACCCAAUCGCUUUUCAUUUUAAAGCUCCUAAGACAAACUAUAAUCGCCUACUCACCAUUUUAGGUUCCUCAGAGCGGUAGCUACGUCUUCUACGCUGCAUGUGACGAUUCAUGCGAGUUGUGGAAGUAUAAUGUCAUAGAAUUUGGAUUUGCAAAAGAUAACGCCGAAUCAGACGAGAGUGCAAAGAACCGAAGACCAAUCAUAUCUGUUAAAAAAGGCACCAGAUAUCUUCAAUGGGACAGGUAAGCGAUUCAUUCGAAGGAUAAAAGGCCAAUUCUGUUGAAUUUUAAGACAACCAGAUUUAUGCUUAAAUUUUUCGUAACCUGUCGUUUGAAGGUACGAAGAGCAAUCAUCGCAGCCUAUCUUCCUUGAAAAAUGUCGUAUUUAUCGUAUGGAGGCGUAUGGAAAAGAUUUAGAGAGCAAUGACCAUAUAUCAGUGGGCAUGCGUAGGCCGAAUGGAGAUUUUGAAAGGCCCAUUCUUGGGAAAGGGCUAUUCUGGACAAAACCAGGUAUUUCAAUUUGGUUUUUUUUUGUUUGUAAUUUGUUUUUGUUUGUUUUGUUUCAAAUUUUUUUGUAUUUCAUUUUGUUUUCGAUUAUUGUAUGUAUAUAUAUUUUUUACUUUUUAUAUUUUUGUAGAGUUUUUGUUUGUUCCGUUUUUUUCUUUAUCGAAGAGGCUUCGGAACGUCAUCACCUUUCUUGAAAACUUGUGUCUAGAAAAAUACAUAGGGGAAGGAUAAUGCAGACAACUAGAAGAAAGCUAGAAACUAAAAAAGCUAGUUUGCAAGUGAACAGUUACCAGCGGGGAAAGAAUAGUUGGCGUGCGCACUCUACUCUUUUUCUCCGAAGAAGACUGAUUUCAUGAACUUCAUUGGGUUAACUUAGAGUAUUUGCUGAAUUCAAACCGUGGUUUAAAUCUUAAAAAAUACUGGAUCAGCGUCAGCUAGGAUAAUUCAAGGAAAAGCUUAAAUUCUUGAAUCUUAAACAGGGACACGAAAAUUGGCGGUCACACUCAACGAUCUUGAAACGCCGAUAACUGCUAUCGUUGGGUCAAAUCUACACAUUUCAGGUUGGUAUUGACACAAGAAGUUUAACACGUCAAAGUUUCUUAUUUCAUUUGACAGAGAAUUGGUGUGAAAUAUCACUUGAAGGCUUACAUCGUCAAAUUUAAAUUCGAAAUGCUAAUUUUUUUUUAAACCCACAGGUGCCUACAGCUUCUGUUGUCAGGGCAUAUAUUGCCCCGAUUGUCCACUGCAACUGAACCUCUCAACCCUAAGACAAAAUGUAACAAUAAACUCAGCGGUAAACAUGUCUUGUUUAAAGGCACCAUUCAAGACUUUUUUUGACACAGACAGACAACCGGGAAAUUACACAGUGAAGGUUAGUCCAUUUCAGGAUUACCUAUCACCAGAAUAUAGACAGUUUAAUAGCCAUUAUGUGAUUAUGGACAAUUUGCUCUUGCUUUUAUGUAGCUAUUGCACCAAGAACUAAAACGAACGCUUAAUAACCUUAGAAUCAAAUUUCUUUUCCUUUUUCAAUUUUUCCCUUCUAAAUUUUCCCUAAAAUGUUCUUAAAAGAAGUUGAUAACCUUGAAAAACUUCAAAAUGUUCAUAAUGCGAGACUCAAAUUUCGCAUCAGAUCAGCUAUUCAUUUGUGGACCAUUCAGGAAAAAUUCUUGAAGAGAGAGUGCUGGGAAAUGUUUAUCUCAAAGGUAACUGCGUUUUAUGAGUUUGACGAUUUAUUAUUCUUACACACUUUUAUACCAGUUAAGCAUUACGUAGAUGGGUCAGCUUGUACGAGAUUCAGAAGACUUCACAAUAAAUACGAACUGAAUUCAAACUUGAAAAGAGUUGGUGCAAAACGAUUAUCUAUAGACUUUCUGUCUUUUUUCGAACAAAACCAAAUUUUGGCAAAUUUUGGCGAUCAAUCAACCAAUUGAUUGGGUUGUAAAUUAGUUUGCUGGGCCGUGAAGUUAAAAUGGAGAUAACUCAGAAUAUCAUUGAGAUUCCUUUCAAAACCAGGAACAGCGAAAAAGUGUAUAUAUACGAGGCAAAGGCACUUUCAUGAAAACCAUAUUUUCUUGGAUUUAUCCGCUGAUUCUUGUCUCCGUGUUUGGUUAACAUCCCUAAGAGAAAAAGCAAUUUAGCAAACGAGUAUAAUAACUGCUUAAAUGAUGAUUGAAACUUUCACAGCUGCUGUAGUAUUAAAAGAAUGCCCUUUCGAGUCUGGAAAUUGUGCAGGCUGGACUAACCUUGGAAGCCAGGAAAAGUGGAAGUUUUCCCUAGGUAGGAAGAAGGAUGUUUCUGCCUGCCUAGUUUUUGUAUAGAAAAUGUGCGUUGUAAAGAUCUCUUCGUCUUAAUCUUUUUUAAAACUGUCCCGGUCAAUCUUCAUACUUAUGGAGAGGAUUGACCUAAAGUAGGUUGGUCCUUUUCUAUAUAAAUGUAUUAUUGCUGACUCAAUAUUACAUGUCCCAGAUCAUUUUGCCUACAUCGGGAGAUCUUCCAGGGAACGGCUUAAAAGUCCUUUGUUAUCAUGGAAACCAGCUAAUGUGAUAGUUAGUUUGUGCUUACGGUUUAAAUACCUCAUGCCAACUAAAUCAAAGUCAUACUUAAAAGUUCUGCUUUGGGAAGCAACAGAAGAAAGGGAGGUAUUAGUUUGGCAGCUGCUUGGAUACCACGGUUCAGGAUGGUCAGUUGCUCAGGUGGUUUUGCCAAGCUCUGUGGCUAUUCAAGUAAGUGAAGCUUCCAAUUCACUUGAGGGAAAUCUCUUUUUACUUGCAUUUAUUGGUGAGGUUUAUAUCUAUGCAUAUGACAGCCUUGAUCAUUUUAUUUAGUGGUUGAUAACAUCAUGUUCAUGUUUUGUGACAGGUUAUAUUUGAGGGAGAAGGCUUUGUUGAUGACCCAGUGAAUGUGGCAAUUGAUGACGUCAGUGUAACGACUGAGAACUGUAUUUUACUACCUUACUUUGCGAAGCCAGGUGAAUUUUUCUUUCCGCUCUCCCUUUUCGUCUCUAUACUUACGAAUAAGGAGCUUACCGAUCAUUUGAAUUUUCCAAAAUUAUUGGUAGGCUGGUUAUGACAAUAGCAACCAAAGCAAACAUGUAAGGUUCAUGAUUUUAGAUAUAUGAAAAUUCAUGCAAUGCGGUGGAGAGAUGAAAUUAAGAGAUCCUCGCAGCUAAGAACACUACUGAAACGAGUAGUUGUAAAUAGGACCUGAAAAAAAUACAGGUCCUAUUUACAACUACUCGUUUCAGUAGUGUUCUUAGCUGCGAGGAUCUCUUAAUUUUAUCUCUCCACCGCAGAGAAAAUAUAUUAAUUUUUAUAUAUCUAAAAUCAUCUUUCACUUGGAUGUUUAUUUGGACCCAAUUCAUUUACCAGCUCCCAGUUGGCUUGUUGGCUAAAUUGGUAGAGCGCUGCACUGGUAUCGCAGAGGUCAUGGGUUCAAAUCCCAUACGGGCCUGAAUUUUUUCCAGGUCCUAUUUACAACUACUCGUUUCAGUAGUGUUCUUAGCUGCGAGGAUCUCUUAAUUUCAUGUAAGGUUCAGUGCCAACCUUUUUUUAAGUCAUCAGUGUUGGAUAAUAAUGCAUUGUUUGUCAGAUUCUCCCAUAGAAGUGUAACAAAGUUUCCGCCAUUAGUUCUUUCUCUUUAUGGCUUUUCACUUUUAAAGAAAGGAAAAUGAAAUAGAAACUUAUUUUGCCGAGUUUUUUUAGGUUUUCAAUGUAGCGAAAAAGAGUUUCAGUGUUACAAUGGGGAAUGUGUCAAAAACGAUUUAACAUGUGAUGGUGAUCUCGCGUGUAAAGAUGAAUCGGACGAGGAGAACUGUGGCUGUCCCUCCAAUAAGUUUGCUUGCCAGGAUGGAAAAUGUAUUCCUGCUGCAGCUGUGUGCGACGGUAGCAACGAUUGCUCAGACGGAGAUGAUGAAAAUAAUUGUCGUAAGUUCAUGACUGCACAAUGAUAAGGACAUCACGGUAGUUUUCUCUUAGCCUUUAUGGUCAUCUCAGGCUAAGGAGUGAUUUUUUUCUGAUCGGUUUAGCUAAGAAAGUCGUUAAGUCUGGCCAGCGAUGAUAAAAUUUUUUUCUUUAGUCUGUUUUUCCGCAGUAUUUGUAUUCGCAUGACUUAAUUCAAAGAUUUGCUUUUCAGGUAUUCCAUGUCCCUUAAAAUUUCAUUGUCUUGAUGGAUCGUGCAUUUCCUGGUCUGAUACCUGUAGAGAAAUACCGUUCUGUGGGGACGGGACUAACUCACCGUCUGUAUGUGGUAAGUAGGACACAGCGGCCUAAUGUAUACCUAGUUCUAAUUCAGCGUAGUUCGUGUUAAUUCACAAAAACUCUAGACCAUGCCUUUUCGUGACCUAUAACUCAUGAAACCAAUCAUUAUGAUAUCGAAAAUAUCCUGCUAUACUCUAGAAAUUGCAGUUUAAGAAACAGUGCUUUUCCCUCAAAAUGUCUGCAUUUCAGGGUCGGGAGACUGCCUUCUCAGUGAUUUAUCGUGUUUAUCAGUCACGUCGGAAGAUCUCUUGCAGUGUAAAUCAUCUUUCAGAGGUAACAUUUAUGUCAAAUUACUGAGAUGCUACUAUACCUUAAAAAACCAAUCUUUUUCCGGUCAAUUAUCUUUGUCUUCAUCCUCUCCUUGCCUCUAUGUUUACAAUACGGUGUCAGAGCGUCUGGUUCAUUUGAGGACUGAUUUGGUAGGCUUGUUUGAUAAAAGACAGGGUUCAGAUGAAACAAACGUAGUUAAUUUUGAUAUUCGCGAAUUACUAAUUAUAAUUACGAAGACUAAGAUACCUACAGUAAGGCAAAUUCCACUCUAUGAAAAAAAUACCAGGUCAUUUACAGUCUUCAUUAUGGAAAAUUGGAACAGUCAGUCUCAAUGGUGAAAUAUCUCUGGUUCAUUUGACACGUUGCAAAUAAUCGUACCAAAAUGCCGUUGUUGUUCGUGAACAAUAACCUCGUGUACCCUUGCAAUUCAAUAUUGGAAAGCGACUCCGUAUGCAUGGAGGGAAUGAAUAUCCAACGCAUUGUUAUCCUUUCGUGUUUCGGUAACUGGCUAAUUUUUCCAUUCAAACAGGCCAUUGCAGUUUCGACGAUGAUUUUUGCACAUUGAAAUAUGACUGGAAUGCCACGUUCCAGUGGACUAAAACGUCAGGAAAGACACCAACGGAAAAUACUGGUCCAACAUAUGAUCACACCACGUUUACCAAGGAUGGUAAGGAGUGCGUUCUGGACUUAGACUUCUUGAGAUCAUUUUUUCUGCCCUCGUUCAAACUAUUUUUUACAAAAAUGUCGAGUAGGAAAUCCCAGUGAAAUAUAAAGUUAUAAAAUACACCAAGCAAUGAUUGUAAUCUAUCCAAGAAAUAUUUGGAGGACAUACUCGACCAAAUAAGGAAAGAAUCCUGAAAAUUUCGUCUAUCUAUUGACAGAACGAUUUCUACCCGUCACUCUGAUUUACUAAGCUUCUGAUUUUGUUUUCUUGUUUUUGAUUUCACGUUUCUAAUUAGUCUUUUCUUAAGGAUUUAUAGUUUUAUAGAUGCAAUAUUUGUAACUCCGUCAUUGUAAAAAAUGUAGUUCUAAAAAUAAUUUUGCAAUGUUACCAAGGAAAAUAAGCUAAUUAAAAUUUUCUAGGAUCAGCCUCCUCGACGUUCUAUAAUAACGUUAUAACUGUGAAAAUGCAGAAUUUGCUACUAAUGUUUUCGUCUUCCUACUAUUUUUUUUUGCAUAGCCUAAACUUUAAAAGAAACAUAAGCAUAAAUAGUUCUUAUUCUGUAACAGGGUCGUAUAUCUACAUCGAAGCCUCUCCACAAAUACCUGGAGACGCAGCAAGGCUGUUUAGUGACUGGAUGGAACCCAAUGAAGUAGUUUGUAUUCAGUUUUGGUAUCACAUGCACGGGUCAGACAUUGGUAAUCUGAGCAUCUAUUUAAAAACUAACCAGUCAGAAACAGUUGUUUGGACACUUUCGGGAAAUCAGGGGGACCAGUGGAAGUUCGGACAAACAGCUUUAAACAGUCGAGAUGCCUAUAAGGUACGUUUCCCUGUAUUUAUCGUUACCGAGUACUUAUGACUGCAAACUUUAAGUUUUGUUUAUUGACAUCUAUAGUUCAUGAAAUCAAAUGUAUAAAGGUACUUUUGCGAUCAUUGAAUGAUAUCAUAACUAUCAUUAUCGCUGUUAUCACUACUCAUAUCGUUAAUGCUAUGGUCAUCCUUUUUUCCAUCGUCAUUAUUGUUUUUCACAAGUUUAUCAUUGAAGGAACGGUUGGCUAUGGAAGCAGCGGUGAUAUAGCUCUGGAUGAUCUGACAUUGCUUGAUGGUAACUGUAAGACAAUUAUAACACAGAGUAAGUGAUCUUCUGCAAAGUAAGAUGUCUAGAAGCUAGUGGUUAUUUAUGAUUUUUGUUUUCUUUCCGUUGUUGCUGUAGGAAGAGUGAAUUAGAAAUAUUGCAAAUUGAUGUUUCUCAUGAUCCGUAAUUGUAAAUUUAUAUGUUGCUAGAUAAUUCCUUGCAACAAACAAUCUUUCGACUAAAAAUUGCGACUCAAGUUUUGCCGUUAACUUAUUGGAAAUUUCGUUGUACCAGCGCAAUAGAAAGGCCAAACGCAAAGAGAGAGUUGCAGGAGACAAACAUACGCCUUGGUUAUAGCACAGUGAAUAUAAAUAAUUUACAGGGCAGUUUUUUUUCUUGGUCGGUAUGUAACGAUAAUGAGGUCUUCCGACCUCUUUGCACUUUUAGAGAGUUUGGACUGUGACUUCAAAGGAGACACAUGCGACUGGGAGGCUCAAGGAAGGUGGACCCUUUCAAAAGGUGUGCCAUGAUUGAAAAUUUACCGUGGAGCACUCUUUAUUUGAGAGUCGAUUUGAACGGUUAUUGCAUGUCUCUAACAAUUUCCGGACUCUGAUAAUUAUUCUCUAUAAUUAUCUCUUAUCAGAUGGUUCCUCUAUUUUUCUUCGCCCUGAAGCAUACGCGGUGCGUCAUUCUCUAUUUUCGCCUCCGAACAUAAAUACCAACGAAUGGAAGUGUUUUCAUCUUUGGUAUUUCAUCGGAGGCAACUACGGUUAUGAAGGGUCGAUAACAGUGCUAUUAAAGUUGUUAAAAUCAAACCUAACGAGUUUACUUUUCUUCGCGGACAAGGCCACAUCUGAGGCAACAUACACACAAACACCGUUACCACAAAAUUUCACAGAUGCUCAGGUAUUUACAAAAUACACUCGUGUUGUAGCAGUAGAUCUUUCAUAGGUUUUACAAGCUUCUUAUGAAUUAGAUUUAUUUUAGAUAAAUUUGAUAUUUAAGCUUUUAGCUUAAAACUAAUGUUUCACACUCAAGUGGUGCUAGUCUGCUAUUGACAAUGCCAUCAUCUCAUAUCAUUCUGUAGAUCGAAAUAGUGGGAACGAAUGAAUUGAAACAUCUGGCUAUCAGACAAGUAUCUUUUUCCAAAGAUUCUUGUGAGCAUAUUCCUAAGCCAAGAAAUGGUAAGCCUCCAUCACGAUUGAUGGCGUCUAUUCACGCGCAUAUUGUUCCGACUGUUGCGUUUCGAAUAAUGACUAUGUAGCUCUAAAUGUCAAUAACAACGAAGGUUUCCUAAUUGUUUGGCUCACGUCUGUACCACAUUAUUGGAAGUAUAUCAUGACUAUUAUCUUUAUAAAGAGACUAACAGCUAUAAACAGAGCUUAAAGGAUAACCACUUUCGUAACCGCAAAAAAAGUUUCACUCAAAUAUUCGAUGUCGAAUAAUACAAUAUCAAUUUACACGGCGUAUAAGUUAUUGAAUUUGCAUUAAUAGAGUCGAAAGACAUAGUUGCUAAAUACGCCUUGCAAGGGCCUGCUUGAAACCGAUUUUUUUCAUAUUUUAUCAUCGUGAUCUUUAGAUUUGCAUCAGCAUAAACCUCUUGGAAUGGAAAACAAUGAAAUCCUCGACAAGAAGAUCACCUCAUCUUCACAAGUUGAUGAGGUUCAUGCCGCCAUCCAAGGAAGACUUCACUUCCAAGCAACCCCAGGCAAAGCAGGGUCUUGGUCGGCUGGUUCAGAGGACUCAACACCAUGGCUUCAAGUUGAUCUGAAUAUUCGGAACACAAGAGUUACUGGCGUUGCGACGCAAGGGAGAAACGGACCCUUCGCUCAGUGGGUUACGGAAUAUAAGCUCCAGUAUAGCAAUGAUGGGGUAAGCUUCAAUUACUACAGGGAACCCGGAAAAACCUCAGAAAAGGUACGUGCGAGAUGUAAUAAGACGUUCAUCACGAAUGCAUGUCCAGUACAAUUCAAAAUUUUUGCAGUAUGUAAAAUUCUGAGUAUUGACGAAGCUGGUUUAAAGAGGCGGGAAAGACGGCUGUUGAUAUUAGGUUCGGUUGUCAGAUGGAGAAACAUGCAAUUCAUUUGUCAAUGUGUGUUUCUUGGGAACAGUUCCACACGCUCGCGAAAAAUAGAUGAUUUAUUUCUUCAUGACCAAGCGCUUAUUUGCACAAAUGAUUUUUUACAUCACUUAUCCUCACAUGACAAUUCCCCAAUAAGGCCAUUUAUCUAACGAACAUUAUCCCGUAAGAAUUUUGUACAUGAACAACGCUUAGCACAGAUUAGUCAUAUCUUUCCGAGCGAUUGUUUAGGGGCUAAAAUGUGUGUUGAUUAACAUCGUAGAACUUAUUAUUGGUAUUUACAACACAAAAUUAACACAACGCGAUCUUUUGUCGACACAGCACUUUGCUGGAAACGCUGACCAGGAUGCUGUUGUUUUUCAUGAACUUAAUCCACCAAUCAGAGCACGUUACAUCCGCUUUCGACCUGUGGCUUGGAACAAAGCAGCUUCAAUGAGAGUUGAACUGUAUCAGGGUGUGGAAGGCAAGUCAAUUACUUAUGGACGUUUAGUUCUUCUAUCUUUUCUUUUCUGCGAAAACGCUUGGAAUGAGAUAGAAUAUUCGGUAUCACUUCGCAAAAAAAAUGCAAACCAGUGUCGGUGUCUUUUUGUGUGUACAAAUUAUAGACACCAUUGGCUAGAAUAAUGAUGUAUGUAUAUCCAAGGGAGCUCUCAUAAUAAUCGCUGUCUAGAAGAAUGUUAUUUACAAGUCUAUGGAAAUGUUUUAAUUCUCAUAAAGAUAGCUGUUCUCGAGACCAUCGUGCACAGGUAUGAGAUCUCGGUUUGUUAGCUUGAACAGUGCUUGAAGUCAAUAGCUUACCCUGAAAAGUUGGUGAUUCAUCGAUAAGGAUUGACAAUGAUCAGUAACAUCGAUGAGGUAUUUUUCCUUACAAUGAUCUGCUUCAUUACCGUUAGAGUGUAAUAAAGCUCUGGGAAUGGAAAACAGCGAAAUCUCAAGUGGACAAAUUCUUGCCUCUUCUCAAUGGGAUGGAUAUUCCACUGCAAGCCAGGGAAGAUUAUUCUUUCAAGCGACAGAGAGGAAACAGGGUGGAUGGUCAGCUGGCAAAAAGAAUGCAGAGCAAUGGUUUCAAGUUGAUCUGGGAGGUCAGUAUGUUAAAAUCACAGGUGUAGCAACACAAGGCAGGCAAGACCACGAUGAGUGGGUAACCAGUUACAAACUGCGGUACGGGAAUGACGGAGAGAGCUUCCAGAGCUUCAAGGAAGAAAGGGAUCUCGAGGACAAAGUGAGUAUAAAAAUAGUCAAUUAAAUGUUUAUAAUGCAGAUAUGUUUUAGCAAACAAUAAUCAAUGUCAUGAAAUUGUCAUUUUUCAACUUCUGAUUAUGUUAUCAUCCAUCUUAGAGGUCAAGCGUUAAAACUCUCUCAGCUAAUCAGUUUGUCAGAAAACCAGUUUGUUUGUCAGAAAAAUCUCCGCCUUGGUCAGUUAAUAUCAUCGGUGCUCAUCGUCUUUUGUUUUUCUCUUUAAUGAGUUGGAAGGUUAGACGAGUCUAAUGUUUUGAUAUGCUAUGAAGUCUUAUUCACCAGUUCUCGUGUCGGGACCUUCUUAGCCGCGCACAUGUUACCAUAUCCUAUGCGGAUAUCCCAUAUCUAUUGAAGUUAUCUUCGUUUUAAAGAAGCCCUCUAUUGUAACUAAUCAACAAGUCUUACUUUUCAUUCGUCUUAUAUAGGAAUUUACUGGAAAUGUGGACCGUGACAGCAUUGUUCGUUAUGAACUUUACCCAGCCAUCAAAGCCCGUUACAUCCGCCUUCAACCUCUUUCUUGGCAUAACUGGAUAUCUAUGAGGAUGGAAUUGUAUGGCUGUUCAGAAGGUAGGCGAAGUAUCAGCUUCUAAGUGAAAAGGAGUUUAAUUUUUCUACGAUAUCUUUAUCCGAUACAGGUCCACUACCUUAAAAAAAGGUUCUAACCCUAUUGCAUACUCUUUCCUUUUUCUUUUUCAAAUUUAUUUGUUAUCAGACUGAGGACAACUAAGAGGGAACAAUUGUUUAGAGGGUAUUUAAACUUGGAAGAUAUCAUUAGCAAGUAUAACUCAAGAAAGUUUCGGCAUAGAUUGUGAUUUGGGAUAUUCAUUUACCUGAUUCGAUUUCAAUGAAACAAACAGAAUGUCAAACGGAUCUUGGCUUAAGAAAGAGAACUAUUCCUGAUGCACAGUUAAGUGCUUCAUCGCAGCUGGAUCAUAACCAUGCCGCAUCUCAAGGAAGACUGGACUAUGAAGGUGAAAGGUGGAGAACGUCAGCCUGGUCAUCGCGCACUAACGAUAAAAGUCAAUGGCUCCAAAUUGAUCUUCGAAGUAUCUACAUCAAAGUAACCCGAGUGGCGACGCAGGGUCGAACCGGCUAUUACAAGUACUGGCAGUGGGUAACACAUUACAUGCUGCAGUUCAGUGAUGACGGAGAAAACUUUACUUUCUUCAAGGAACAAGGAAAAUCAACGACAAAGGUAAUACAAUAUUUUUUUACGGAAAUGUUAGCGGCGUGUUCUGUUACAAUGAUAGAUAUUUAGACAAGCAAAUUGCCGUUCUCUCAAUUUAGGAUUUUAGUGGCAACAACGACAGCAAUACCGUUGUUCAUAAUGACUUAAACCCACCGAUCAGAGCUCGUUACACCCGCUUUAUCCCACAAGCUUGGUAUGGCCAUAUAUCGAUGAGGGUGGAACUCUAUGGAUGUCUGGAAUAUAAUAGUAAAGGUGAGGAAUGCAGGUUGGACUUAAAAUAGGAACAUCUCUUUACGAAAACAGCGAACGAAAAUUAUUCGACGAGUCCUGUAAAUGUAUCGAUAGCACAGUGCAGCUUCUCAUCACAAAGUAGUUUUAUGUAGACAACGUCAAGUGUCAGCUCUAUUUCUUCUAUAUUUAUUUAUAUAAAAGCUCACUUAAUGACUGAAUGGCUGACUGACUAAUAUACUGACGGAUCAACAAACUAGUUACCUGACAGAGUGGCUGAUUGACUAGCGGACAGUGUCAGUACGACAAGUUAUAACAUAGGGUUUGAGCUAAAUUUGGGCUUCGUUAACACAUAAUCCUACUUUAUCGGUGAAUUCUGCCGGCACAUUGGAUUUGUUAGGUCUUACCUCGGAUAUUCUGGCCUUGACUGCCUUUCUCCAAGAUACGAGUUAUGGCUUGACCGAACUUGCCUGAUACGCCGCCCACGAGUUCCACCUGACGCAGUUAGGUAUAGUAGCUAUUCUUGCAAAUAAAAUGUUUGACAUGGUCUUUACCCGCAUUUACUCCAUAUAGUUUCCAUGAAUGUAUCCAAAUGUCGACAAGCCCUUGGUAUGCAAGACGGUAUAAUAUCAGAUGGACAAAUCAGUGCCUCUUCGGAAUAUAAUAGCGAACAUGCUGCAAUCCAAGCUAGGCUGCACCUUGCACCAAUAACCGCAGACAAGGCUGGGUCUUGGUCAGCAGAGAGAAAUAAUUUAAAUCAAUGGUUGCAAGUGGAUCUAGGAAGUCAGUACACGAGGGUAAUGCGAGUCGCAACGCAAGGAAGGCAUGAUGAUAGCAACUGGGUGACAAGGUAUAACCUACAGUAUGGCAAUGACGGAGAAAAAUUUUAUUACUACAGGGGAUCCGGAGAAAUUUCAGUUAAGGUAAUGUAAUUAAUGGAUCUACUGCACUCACUGGUAUUUCAUUCUUCAAUCCUAAACUUUCAGCCUUAAUUCCGAUCCAGAGACCCAAAACUUUAAUCUUUCUAAGGUACGAGAACAAAUUCUAUAGGUCAUAACUCUCGAUUUGUUUAAUGUUUUUCAUUCAAAAAGAAUGGUCCUUUCCCCGUGGAUAUCACAAUAACUUAUCUAACCGUAUGUUAAAUACAAAAUAAUAUGUCUAAAAAAGACGAAAUCAGAACAUACCACUUUUAUAAUUAAUGAUUAUUCGCGUUCGAAAGAAUCAAAAGUCGCAAGAGGAAGAAGAAGGUGGGUCACUCGCCUCCAGAAACUGCAAACUUCUCGCAGAAUGCUUCAAAUGAGAGAUAUAAAUUUAUUUAAGCAAUUGCAACGAUGAACAUUCAUAAACCAUUAACGGUUCCUAUACUUUUUUUAACCUAGGAUUUUAUUGGAAACUCUGAUCGAGACACUGUCGUUUUUAGUGAACUAAACCCGCCAAUCUAUGCACGUUUUAUCCGCUUUCGACCACAACAUUGGUUUGGCCACAUAGCUAUGAGGGUAGAGGUCUAUGGAUGUCAAGGUGAGGAAGUAUUAAUGUUCUGAAUAAUGAAAAAAAUGCAAAAAACAUACGACUUUACGCAUUAUUUUCAUAAUCUUUCAACUUUUUUUUAGUCCCCUAUAUUGUUCUUUAAUUCCUUCUACCACACCUCCUGCAGUGCACUAGCAUUUUUUGCAUGUGCUCGAUUGCUGUCAAUGUUUGUAACUGCGGGUCAGGAUUGCGUCACCAGUUGUGAUUUACCAACAAUCCGUGCUUGUUUGUUGUUGUUGUUGUUGCUUUUUUAGUCUGUUUUUGAUUGUUUGUUUGUUUGUUUUUUUACUAUGGAAUUUGAGGAUAAAUGUAAGUACCAAGAAUUUUCAUAGAUUUCUUGAAACCCUCAGAAUGUACGAAACCUCUCGGUGUGGGUAGUGGUGCGAUAUCUGAAAGACAAAUGAGUUCUUCUUCCCAACUGGACGAUGCUCAUGCCGCUGUGCAAGGAAGACUCAAUUCCAGGCCAACUGAGGACAAAGGAGGAUCUUGGUCCGCUGCUUCGAACAACCGCAACCAAUGGCUUGAGAUUGAUCUGGUCAGUCAGAACAUCAAUGUGACCCGUGUAGCCACUCAAGGAAGACAUGAUUCCAGCCAGUGGGUGACGAAGUACAAGCUGCAGUACAGUAAAGAUGGUGUAAACUUCCAAUAUUACAAAGAGCCAAUGGAAACUGCACAUAAGGUGGCACUUAUUUGUUCACAGACAAGCUUACUUCAGUUUCCUCUUCAAAUUCCCUUUAAUCAUCUUUAUUUGCCAAACACCAAAUUUCCGUCGCAUCAGUGUAUUUUUUCGCCUUUAACCUGUAGUUAUGAUGCCCUACAGUCAAUACUAAGUUUCGUAACACCUUAGCAUACUGAUUACAAAGAUGAAUUGUCUAUUAGAUAGGUAGAAAGAAACAGAUUACUUCUUGUUAUAAGGAAAGAGGUGAGACUACUUCACAUUUAAUAUAUCGACAGUGGUUUAGCGUGGUGUGUACCCUCAUCGACGACGAUAUUCGUCAUCCCAGGGGUCAAAAUGUUGAUUUUUGAUGCUUGAUUGUCGAUUUGUUUUCUUAACACAUAUCGACGUCAAACAAAACGAUUCUUUCAGUGCGUGACCAUAGCGUGACACUUUGACACGAGUUUCUGUAAUGCUGAGCUCUUUACUCUUAUCGACAACGGCAAAUUGGCUGAUGAGAUUGCGAUGUUACUGCCAAUUGUGGUAAAAUUAGGAUUCCACGUGAGUUCGGUAACAAAGCAAUACGCUUGUUUCGUUAAAAUUUAUACUUUAACCCUAAAUAUCACGAUUAUCGAGAUUAUCAAGAGUACAAAUUUUUAGCUGAGACGGCACUCCAUACUAUUUUCAAUCUGUAGAUUUUUGAUGGAAACGUUGAGCAACACGCCGUUGUUUAUAAUGAACUUGUCCCGCCUAUCAAAGCACGUUUCAUCCGUUUUCGGCCUGUUGACUGGUAUGGUCAUAUAUCAAUGAGAGUAGAACUUUAUGGAUGUCAAGGUAAUUUAUGAUGUGUUUCCUUCCUAAAGACUCUCAUUCAAUUCAUUAAGCGACCAAAUAAUCGAAUUCAGACUUGUUAGGUUUGGUUUAGGAUGUCUACGAUACCUCCACCUAUAGCAAAGGGUGCGAAGUGAAUCCUAGAUUGUCUUUUUGCCGAGUAAGUCUUGAUAUCGAGGCAUUGUAAGGAAGCAUAUGUAUGUUGGUACUUGCUAAAUGAUCAAACAUUUUCGUGCAACACCGGCGUUUUCUAGUAUAAGGAUAUGGUAUCUCAAAGUGUCUUUUCCACCCUUUUAGAUGACCGUCCCUGUGACACAUCAAUAGACUGGUGUGGAUGGAAAAACGAACGUGGCUGGAAAAGUAUCAAACAUAAAGAUCUUGAUCAGGUCUAUCAGAAUGAAGGUGGCGGUGGUAAAGGUUCGCGAUUACUUCUUCAGAAGCUUUAUAAGAAUUAGAUGUCUUUUGUUUUGAUAACAAAAUAUUUUAGUAUUUGUAAAAGACAUCGAAAAAGAGAUAACGAUAGCGCUACUUUAUGUAUUAUUUUGCUUCCGCUAUGCUUUUUCCGUCCAAGGUUUUAGUGACAACAACAACUUCGAGGUCCUUCUCCCUGACAGCGAGUACGGUUACAUAUCAUUAUCUGAUGUGAUACUGGAUGAAUGCUGUUUUACCAUUUGCUUCUGGUUGAAAACCGCUAGCAGCGGCUUCUAUAUAGAAUACAAUAAUGCAGGAUCAGCCAAAGAGAACAAGACUCUAGUUUUUGGAAUCUAUUGUGGAAACAACACAUUUUCCCUUCAAAGCGGGAGCGAGAGGAGGUAUCAAAGUGGAAUCAGUGCAAGGUUGCUUCUUGUCGUACAUUUGAUUCACAACCAUUGCAAUUACCCUAACAGAGAUGAAACCUGAAAAUUAUAACUCGUUGGCAAGUUAACUGCCUAGAACCGCAAAACCUCGUUCUCUCUGUUUCUUCAUUCAAAGCUUAUGAAAUAGUGUCAGUCAGUAUUGAAUGUGAUAUGCUAUCUGUAAUUACCAUUUACCGAAUGUUGCAACAAAAAAGAAUGAAGAGAAAUUAUAAAUGAGCAAAAGCUAAAAAUUUUCCACUCAACUAAAAAUUUUCAUUUGAAUCAAACAAAACUUAAAACAUAAUCAAAUAAGUCUUCAAACAAAUCGAAUAGGGAAGAAAUGGGAAGUUUUCUUUGGGUGAAUAUGAACAGUGUCCUUCCAUCUUCCUGCACAGUGAGCAGUCAAUGGACGUUAUGGACUCCACCUGGCACCACGUGUGUGUCUCCUGGGAUGGGAGAGUUGGGCUACUUGCAGUUUUCAAGGAUGGUCAUAUAAAUUUCAAGUUAAAUGACUUUAUGGGGCCCCUACUUCAGAAGCCGAAUGAAGGUAAGUAGAAGACAUAUACUAUUUUUCUUAGGGGCUAUGGGUGAGGGACCUUCGGUGCAAUCUUUUUUUUUUUUUUUUUUUCCGGAUAUGAACGGGUUCAACGAGGGAAUUAAUGCUGGAUGAUAUUCAAUUUUAGUUGACAAAUUCAGCUGAAAGGCUAAGUUUGAGUUAGGUUUGAUAAUGGCAAUCAUUUUGCGAAGUUAACUUAUUGUUUGCGGUUAAAACAUGAGAGGCCUAUGAUAAAGGAGGAGCUAUUCAAUCAAAUAACUCAGUCACUUUCACCCUUUGCUCCUAUCGACCCGUGAACAACAUGCUUUGCAUCUUUUGAUCCGCUUAAACGAAUUUACCUAGAGAAAAAUGUGUUUUAAUUUGCAAAUACAGGAAUCGUGACGAUUGGUUUUAGGAAUAUAAAUGAAACUGCUUCUACUGCUCUUGGUAAACUGAGUGGCUUCAAUAUUUGGAGUACCUUGGUCACAACAGAGGAGAUACUGCGCAUGUCAUACGGAUGUGGCACGGAAGCUGGCAAUGCGAUGGCCUGGGGAAAAGUUAGAAAUGGGCUGAUUGGGGAAGUGGAGAUGAAAUCACUUCCAACUUGCAACGAUGGAAAACGUAAGGCAUACUUUAAUAACUUCAUCAUUGUCAUCGUUGUUUUGGUUUUCGUUUUAAUAAUAAUCUCUUUAUAAACGUGUUUCAUUCCAUCAAUAUAAAAGGAUAGUUUGAUAGAAGAGCCAUCUUCAUGUCUGUUGCUUAAUUUUAUGAUUUGUCUUUUCUUAUUUUGUUUUCCUUGUGGUUAUUGGUAUUAUUUCCUUUUCCGUUCUUUACUCUCUUUAAUGGUGAUAUCUCCUCGAAGGUAAAUCACUAGUGUCAACCAGUAGUCGAACAAAAAUCAUCUCUAUUCAGUUAGUCUAGUUCUCUGUCAUGACCUAUUCAAACUAAUGACGACAAGGAGUUUUUUUGACACAGGAUUGCCUCAGUUUUCGGCUGGCAGGAGGUGACUCUGGGUUUUAAUGAAAUUGCAGCAUGAUCAGCGCAGAAUACUACAAGUCUCUAAUAUGUUGUGGGUCAAAAGUUUUUUAUCAGCGUUGCUUUGGUCUUUUAAAUGAAAUUUGAAGGAAUGCGCGAUCCUUUUUAUCACACGCGUGUAUCAUUUGCCACACUCAAAAUUCAUAAUCAGGAUCACAAACAUUGUGAUUGUACGACCAACAGGUGCCAGGCUUGUGGUAGAUACCGUCGAUUUGGAGCCAAAUGGGACCGCAGUUCUUGUGAGCCAGACAUACAAUAGAUCAAGUGACGGGAAAAGCAGAUGCUUGAGGUUUCGCUAUAUGCUGCGGGGAUCUGGAGAUAAAACGUUGACAAUUUUCCAGAAAUCAGGAAUUUAUCGUGAAAUACCCAUCUGGACUUGGAAAGGCAACUCUGGCCGGGACUGGAUUUAUGGCGAAGUUCCGCUGACCUCUACUACGAAGUUUAAGGUAAUAUCAAAACUGCGGAACUUACUUUAAUUUACCAUGGCUACCACAGAGCCUUUUGGUGUCCUCGCACUACAAUGAUCAUGCAGGCCAUUAAUUUUCUCUGGUCAUUUAAUGGUAUUACUGAAAAACGUCUUCCACAAUACCUAAAGGUAAAUUAACAAACUUCUUUUCCUUUUUUUUAGAUUUUGAUCAAAGCUCAAAAAAGCAGGGAGAAAGACUUGAUUGCUUUAACAGGGAUAUAUGUCAAAGAGGGACUCGAUUGCAAACUUAGGCCGCUGUCGGCAAAACAAGGUAACUCGUUUACAUGUACCCUGCCUUGCAUUAUUACCUUAUGUUAUAUGAUCUUUUUAUAGUGGCUGAUAAAAUUGGCUGAAAAUUCCAAAGGAGGAAAGACUGCAUUACUUUUAGCCCGCUUUCCAAGGAUCUUUUCUUUUAUAACUCCAUCGGAACUAAGUUGACCAUUCGUUUGUGCAUAUAUCAUCUUUCUAUAUAUUUCUAUUUACAGCUUGUAAUGAGGAUUUAACUGAUCCAUCAGGAUAUCUCUUUUCACCGGUCUAUUCCGGUGAUGUUCUUGAUGAUAUCGCUUGCACGUGGAACAUUACCGUUCCACGCAAUAACAAUAUUCGCUUGGAAUUCCGAGAUUUCCGUCUUCCAGACCAUCCCACAUGUAAGGGCUGUGAUCUUCAAAUUUUCGAUGGAAGUGAAACGUCUGCUCCUGCGAUAGGUCGAUUCUGCGGAUAUAUGUAUCCUCCUAUUUUCAUUUCUUCAUCAAAUAAUCUCAGGAUUGUUCUGCGUUGUGCUGCCAAUCCCUACACAGCAAGAUUCAAGAUUUUGUAUAACUCCACGGCUGGUAUGAAACGCUACAUCUCUUUGACUUUUUAUUGCAACCAAGCAUUUUUUUUGACCUUCCACUUUCAGAGCUCUUAUGAAAAAUGCGAUAAAAUAAUGGCAUGCACUUGUCACGUCAUAACUUCAUGUUAUUGUUUACUUUUCAAUUCUUUAGCUCACAAGAGUUUAGAGUCAUCCUGCUCACUACAGCAAGGUACACAAAGAAUCUUCAGCUAAUUUCCGUUCCCUUUUUUUCUCCCUUUGAAUUUGUGCCUACGUUUUGUGAGACUGUAUGAAUUAUUAUCUCAUAUACCUCACUGUCGCUAAUAACUCCUAUUUAAGUCAAGUUUUGUUAGCUGUAUAAAAAUUAAUGAAAAGGAGCUAACUUAUUUAGUCUUUCUUCAGCCUUUUGUUCCAAAACUAAAAGUACUUCGGUGCUUCUGUUUUACUUCAACUUGCAAAUGAUGAUCUUAACUUCCUCGCCUAUCAAUCAAUGCCAAUAACCUUGUGUUUUACAAUGCGUCCCAGAAUGCCCAGCAAGCUGCAAAUGUGAAGAGUUUGGUGGACAAGAAGAUAAGAAGAUACUGGUGACCGGAGAAGACUUACUUAAUGUACCGAAUCACCUUCCAACAAACGUUGGAGCAGUGUAUGUGAUAUUUGGGGUCCUUUUUAUCUUUAAUGACCUCUUUGUUUUAUCGUCUUUUCUUUCCGAACAACGAAAUUGCUAGUUCUUUCCUCCUGUUUCGCUAAAUAACUGAUAUUCUUUUUAUAUGUUUAAAAAGGUUUUUUGGCCAAAAUCGGAUCUCCCAAUUGCGCGAGGAGGACUUCAUAAACCUCUUGAAAUUAGAAUAUAUGUAAGUAAACCUAUUACUUUUGUUUAAGAUUGUUCAUUACUUUAUUGCAGCGACUGUAUUAAUCUUAAACAUUUUUCUGUAGCUAAUGAGGAUUAUGGUUGAGAGAACCAUUCGAUUUUUUUAACCAACGCCUUGAUUGACAAAUUUCGGGCGAAAGAAGUUUUCCCAGUACCUUCUGGACUGAGAUGAAAACAAAUUUCUCAGUUUAAAACUCAAUGUCCUUAAUUUGAGCUUAAAGCUGUUGUGUUACCGAUUUAUAACAGUUCUCAUCUAUCUCUUCCUCUUCCUCAGCGAUUUAAGCUUCAAUUCCCUGCUUCACGUGGAUGAAGACAGCUUUCAAAAUGUGACAUCCGUCAAGACGCUGUAAGUAUCAAUUGAAUAGUCAUUUAUUUCAUAUUGACAGAGCAACUUUUCUGCCCCGUAGUCUGGUGCAAAGUCGAUGAUCACAUUUGUCUCAGCAAUCGAUAUUUCUUUUCUUUUUGUCGCAGGAGACUUGAUUUUAACUUUCUUCGAGCUCUUCCUGCUGGGGCCUUGAAGGGACUACCCAAUUUACGCGUACUGUGAGUUUCUUGUGAACAAUGUUAUUCUUGUCCUAUGUGUUCUCCUUGGGACAUAAAUGUGCUUAAGUCGAACAUUGCACUUUGGAAAAGGGAACGAGAGUACGGGGAAAGGGGUUUUAUGUUAUGACCUCUUUUAAAGUGAAUAAAAGAGAUUGAUUGUUUUAUUUCAGUGACUUAGGACGGAACCUUCUUCGGGUUGUAUUCGGCGAGAUGCUCGAUGGACUUUCGAAUUUGGAAGUUUUGUAUGUACUCAUUUUCACUAUUCUUAUAGUUUUAAGUCUAUGAUAAUUAGCUUAAUCACCUCACCUCUCUGUUUUGUUUGCAGGAGUUUUCGCUCUAACCAGAUCGAGCUGCUGGAAUACGGUGCUUUUAAGAACAAAAGCAAUAUGACUCAUCUGUAAGUGCACUAAAAUGGUCUCCAGCUCACUCAGGUCACACUUGGUCACUCAGUAUUUACUAACACCAGUUGAUUUUGAAUGUCAUCGGAAAAAAAUCAAUGGAAAAACAUGUGACCGGCCAAUAGAACCAUGGGCCUGAUUUCCUUAACAGUGGGUAGCUCUAUACAAUGGAUGAAUCUAUAUCUGGUGGAUAACACAAUAUAUUCUGUCAACGCUUAUUCGCUGGACAGCUAUUUAUCCAUUGGAUAGCGUUAUCCGUCCUUUGAAAAGCUAGGCGCAAUUUUUUUUGCCAAUCAGCAGAUACAUAUUUCCUUUUUUUAAUUUUUAAAUUUUUUUAUUUUUCAUUUUCAAACAAUAUUAUUCUUGUGUACAUUUAGGUACCUACAACAUAACAAGCUCAAAGAAGUGUCAAAUGGGAUGUUCAAAGACCUUAUGAAUUUGCAAGUAUUGUGAGUGCAUUUUGAUAUCAUAGUCAGCACAAAUCCUAUGGAAAGGGACAAUAGUAUGAGUAUAUUGCUGUAUCUGUUAUAUGGUUGUUCUAUUUAAAACACAAGGAAGUCGUAAAUUACAUGUUUUGAAUUUUUUUAUCUUAAUGAAUUAUAAAUUGCUUUCAUCCAUCAUUUUCGAAGGAUAUCAAAUUUAAGUCAGGUUUCCAUAGAAAAAAUAUAAUAAUAAUAAUUAUACAUAUGUAAUAUAUAUAUUUUUUUUAUCAGACCUCGAGACAUGAUGAUAUUAUCUUUCAGCUGACAUAGCUAAUCUUUUGUUGUUGUCGUUAUUACUGUUGUUUUUAUUAAUCACUAGCGAGACAUUUCCUUAAUUUUCUUAAUUAUGUGCUUUUUCUUACCAUGAUCUGUUUGAAAUCUCCAGAAAUCUUAGCAGGAACAAAUUAACAACUGUUUCGAAGGAAACCUUUCAAGGGUUGAAGUCACUCGAGUAUUUGUAAGUGUACAAUGUUGCUGAGAAAAAGUAAAUUAUCCAUUUCCCUUUCGUUUGUACCUUACAGGAGAGCUGUAUUCACAUUUUGUUAGUUACUUAAUGAUUUGAUUUUCAGAAAAAUAGUAACGAAAAUUUAAAGUUAAAUUAUAUUGAAAACCCUUCUACCACAGCUAUUCAAGUAUUUACUGCAGUUGAUGAAUGGUUGAUCACUUUUCAACUCAGUCAUAAAGGAAGAUCAAUGAUACACUGCGCGAAAUGAUUUUCCACCAUCAACCAAGUUGCACAAUGAUUUGAGAGAGAAAAGAGAGAGAGUAUUAUUUUAUAAAAAUUUGAGAUCAGCGAAAUACGUUAUUUUCAUGUUGUGAUUGAAUAAUUAAACGCAUAAUUCAGUUUGAUGUGAAUUUCUUAUGCAUCAGUUGAGUCGAUUUUGGGACACAACGGAAAGUGAAUCAGUUAUUCUUGUUUACUUUGUUGUGCAUUAAUUCAGGUACCUGGAUGGCAACAAACUUACCAGAGUACCUCCAGACGUAUUCAAUGACCUCAAGAAGCUCAGAUAUUUGUAAGUGAUUUGCUUUUCAAUCUUCAUCAGUCUAAGUUGCGUAAAAUCUAAAGGCAGCUCAUUGUACCAACAAACAAAAACUUGAUGAUGAUCGUUUUUACUUAAUAAAGGAAAAUUUUCUAAAUCAACUAUAUUUUUCCCACUUUAGGAUUAUGGGUUAAAGUCAUUGCUCUUUUGAAAUUAAUUCAUUUUAAGGCCAUUUUUAAUAUCCAGACGUUCCACCGUUCCCCCGUUGUAAAAUGACGCAUUCAGAAUUUUGUGAAUUGUCCGUAUAAGAAAGCAAGAUUAAAUUAUUAAAGAAAUAAAGGUGAGGUUUCUCUAUUUUGCAAUUUCAACAGGAGACUAGAUCACUUCAUACUCUGUUGUUACGCCAAAAAGUCAAUUGAAGGAGUUGCUUGCGAUUCCCCAGUCAAUGAAUUCUCGAGCUGCGAUGACCUCAUGAAAAACAAAACUCUUCAAACUUGUAUCUGGAUUCUGGGAAUCUUCGCCUUCUUUGGUAACCUGUUUGUCAUCAUGUGGCGAAUCAUCGAUAAAGAGGAGAACAGAGUCCACUCGUUCUUAUUGACAAAUUUAGCAUUUGCCGACAUGUUCAUGGGUGUCUACCUGCUGGCAAUCGCCAUAAUGGACGCAAGGUGGCAAGGUGAAUAUUUCAAGCAUGACCAUGAAUGGAGAUCUGGUUGGGGUUGUCGAAUCAUUGGAGUUUUAUCGAUGCUUUCCAGUGAGGUAUCUGUACUAAUUCUAACAAUCAUCACCAUGGAAAGAUUUAUUGCAAUCGUCUUCCCUUUCAAAUUCAAACGCCUGACCAUCAGAUCCGCUGUAUUCACCUGCACAGGAGCGUGGAUAUUUGGAAUAGUUAUCUCAGUGAUUCCCAUAACCGGAAUAAACUAUUUUUACGAUCAAAACGGUGAUUUCGGUUUUUACAGUCGUUCAGCAGUUUGCCUUCCUCUUCAACUGUCCGAGGGAACCCCAGCCGCUUGGCAAUACUCUGCCUCCUUCUUCAUUGGGAUGAAUUCUGUUUCUUUUACCUUUAUCCUGGUGGCUUAUAUCUCAAUGUUUUUGACGGUGAAGCGGGUAACCCAUUCUAUUCGAUCGACGAAUUUAAACAGAGAAUCCGCUAUGGCCAAGAGACUUGUUUUCAUAGUCAUGACAGACUUCUGCUGCUGGAUGCCCAUAAUAAUCAUCAGCAUUUUGUCUCUGACAGAAAAUUUUAAUGAUCCAGACAAAAUUGCUUACGUGUGGAUUGCAGUGUUUGUUCUUCCCCUCAACUCUUCCCUCAAUCCAAUCCUUUACACGUUUUCCACCGAUAGAGUAAAACGUAGCUUUAGCCAGAAGAGGAAAAAUGUCACUGGUUUCGUUAUGAAGACCUUGAACAGACCUACAGAAGGUGGGUAUUUCUGUUAAGGAAUAGUUUGGUGAUCAUAUUCUGAAUGCUGUCUUCAUCUUAAAGAUUUGAAGCCGUAGAAAUUAUCUUAUUCAGCCGUAAUUUAAGUGUGCUACUAUUUCAUCGUCUUCACUCUCAAAAGACUGCUGCAAAAACAGCGAAAGCAAACAUAAGUGUGGGACAAACCAUCUGGAAGCAUUUUCAAUUGAAGCCUUCUCACACAACGUUACACGACACAUCAGAGCCAACCUAACUAAAUUCUUUAGUGAUUGUUCAAAAAUUAUUCUAAACUGUCAAUUUAUAUGGUGUGUUCCAAUCACCUUCAAAAAUCCCCUUUUUCUUUUCCCUCUUGAAACGUACCUUUGUUCAUGAUCAGUAUCCUUUUAUCUUUUCUUCUGAAGAUCGAUUGUCCUGUUCCUCGAACAUGUCUGGAAAAACGUUGCUCUCUAAAGUCCUUUCAAUUUCCAGCCCCAAGCCAGAAGCAAGGGUAUUGAAAAAGCCGGAGGUCGGGCGUGUUGUCGUUCACGCUAAUCUAAAGCUGAUUGAAAGAGUAAAUAUCUUUAAAGAUGAUACUGCUGGAAGAAAAUCCAUGGUAAGUACUUCUUUGUGAAAACCAAAAUGGCGCUUUUGUGGCUACCGACCAGUGAAGAUCAAGUUACGAGACUUGAUCCCUCAUGUAGGCCUUUGUUCCGCUCAAGCUAUUUUAAGAUCGCAUCCAUUUUCAGAGAGGCAAUUGCAAGAACCAAUCAUGUGCUAUAUAUUUAUUAAUAGCUAGCAAUCACUCUCCGUGGGCGUUUAGGAACAUUUACCUCGAUCAAGGGAGAGCCCUUGGAGUGAGGCUUAUUUGACGAAUACAUUAUUUCUCCCUUCAUAUAUUACAGGAUGCUCUACAUAAAGGCCUUUCUCAUGCUUAUUUCUUGAACUUUUUUUAAAGUGUGAAAUUAAUCUUGUUCUGAUUACUUUUUCUAUCAACCAAUCUUGCGCAAGGAUCUUGAAUGUCUUACAAAAAAUUGGCAAGUAGUACACCCUGUGUCACUUACCUUGGACUUACCAUUGCAAUAUAUGACAUGUACAAAUGAGUAUAAGCUUCACGUCACCUCUCGCUGUUACAGGGUUAUGUUACAGCUUGGUGCGAGGAAGGAGGUGUUCUCAAUGUGGUGUUGCUAAAGUAUUUUGGAAAAGAAAUGAAGGAGGAGUGGAAUCGGGAAGUGAGUGUAGUGCAGAGCCUCUCCUGUGACGAGCAGCCUCUGUCCAAUGUGUUACACUAUCGAUGGCACAACAAAAGUAAGUGACCCUAAUCAGUUUUUUCAAUUUAACCAUCAGUUUUUAGAAUUGCCAUAAAUUUGUUGCACCUUUUUAAAUCCUAGGUUACUUACUGCUCUAUAUUCCAUAGAAGUAGUUUUUCACUUUUGUUGUUGUUGGAAAAUCAGGAUCUGUGACAUUCACAAUGCCACAGUAGGGACCUUUUUAUCGAUUUCAUAAGUGCUGUGCUGAACCUCUGAAGCUAUUUUUUCGUUUAUUUCUUUAGCUAGCGACCUGAAUAUUGAGCAAGGCAAGACGAAGAUCAAUGCUUUACGAAGAAAAAGUUUGUAAGUUGUUAAUGUAUUAGAGCUUUAUUACCAAACAUAUUGAAAUCACCAUACAUUUGAUAACAAGUAAUAUAACGGAUUUUGAAUCCUGCGUUUCCGUUUUUUCUCAAAGCCUGAUAUGUUUCGACUACGUGUCGAGUUCAACUCUGGAAGAUUUGAUUUGUGAGAAAGGAAUUGUCAUCGACUUCGAGUCAAUUUGUGCGGUAGCUUGUGACGUCUUAGAUGCAAUAGAAGGACUACAGGAACUUGGACUACUUCAUAAUAACAUCACAACACGCAACAUUCUGAUCAGCCAGUGCCCUAGGGUAAGUGAAGUGGUUAAAUUAUUCACUACUCUCAAUCUCUAAGUUAAGGAAUCAGUUAAAAAAAAUAACCCUACUGGCGUGUUGCGUGACCGGCAGUUCGCAUAUGUACAUAUAUCCUCUUAUAUGUUUGCUACUGCAGACUUUGUCCUUCAUCGAAAAGUCGACAAUUAUAUUGUUCCUUAUUCAAAGGUUGCUUCACUUUGAAAGUCCUCGUAGUUUAACACAAACGUUUCUUCGAGCUUUUGGGGAUAUUUCGUGAGAACAAAGAACAUUUCAUUUGCAUUGCUUUUUCGCAGUACUAUAUGGCAUAUCUCUGAUUGAAUAGAAAUCGACCUGAAAUGGUCCAGUGCGGAAAAUGUUUUUGGUUUUAACAAAGAGUUAGAAUAAUACAAUGGAGCGUGCGUUGUUCCUAGGUCGAGUCCUUCCCUGAUCAGUAAAUGGGUUUCGUGUUUCCGGAUAGUUCCCUGUUCUACACUUAGACCAGGGUUGUAAAUUGCCAACUGAUUUGCCUUCUGCCCGUUGAGGUUUUCCAUCGAGUUCCUUCUGAUGUCUAUUAUAAGUUUUUAGAUAUUUGAACGCAUGUUUAAUUACAGAGACGUAAAGAAAACCACUGAGUCACUCAUAACUCUGCCACCCUUCUACGCCCAUUUAUUGUUGUUGUUUUGAGUUGGAGAUAAGUUAUGGUUAUUACCUCCAUGCAUUUUCUUUUCAUAGAUUCCUCCAAUCAAAGCAGUCUUAGGUGGAUUCUCUCGUGCAUCCAAGGUGAAUGGAGAAAGCGCGUUCACAAACCAAACUCUUGAUGAACAGAGUUGUUUUGGUAGCCAUGUUGAGCAGUUUGGACAGUUGUUGGCCACACUACUAGGACACUGUCACGGCUCUUGUGAACAGUUAAAGGUGAACAUCGAUAAGUUUUAUUAAGUUAAAUUUUUACUCCUUGGACAGUGAUAAAGAUACACAGUGACUCUGGCAUAUAUAUUAUCUUUUUUCCAAUAGCUACAUGAAAUUAUGAAUCUCUGCUUUGAGGAAACACCAGAGAAGAGGCCUACAGCGUCUAGCCUGCGAGAACUCUUGGAAGAGGUCUGGUGCACAAAGGGUUUCAGUGAUUCAUUUGUUUGAUCUACCAUACGGACAAAAACACUAAAUAGCUAUAUAAUACAUAUAUUGGCUGAGCUUUUGAAAAAUCAAAAAAUGUUUGCCCAUCCCUGCAGCAUGAAGGGUACAAGCCUUAUCCAAAAGCCAUGUUUAUCUCGUCAAUAACGGUAGAAUGCACUACAACAAAGCGCAUUAGUAAUUCUGCUUUGUAAAUAGUUAAAUCUUUGUAGAGCAUAUUGGUACGGAAUGUAUAUUCUGUUAGUGAAAAAAAGUAUUCUGAAAAUGCUCAUUUGCUCAAGAACCAUAUUGUAAUCUGCACCCACGGUGUUACUUUUAAUUGUUCUUGUUGAAUAAGAUUGGUGAAUAAAACUAGCACUUGCACACCUGAUUUAGUUCAAAGAAAAC